GGCAGCAUCUGGAUACUGAGAUCUGGCACAAGGAAUUAAUUAUAGCAAAUAUAAAUAAAGGAAAUCAAAAGUCUGCCAAUUCAUGCCCUGAAACUACAACCAACCAAAACACUCACAACCAGAAGUAACAAUCAUUAAAGAAAAACACCGAACACUAUAAUAACUACUGAACUGUUGUAGUGGUUAUAGUGUCAAAAGUGCCCUGAAUGCAUCCAAGUGUAAUUUGUCAAACUGCUUUAGAACUGUUUGACAACCCAUCUGGGUCAACUCCAGUCCCUGUUUCAGAAUUCUGCUUGCCAAAUAACAUUAACAUGUUAGCGUUUGAGUACCGUCAUGUACUGGCUGUGCCUAGGAUGUAUGGAUAGAGACUCCAUCUCAUAAAGACAGGAUGUGGCAGGAGCACCCAGGUGACCUAUAUAUGUUGUCAAACCAUUCUAAAAUGAUUUGGCAAAUUACACUGGGAUCUUGGCACCAUACCCACUACAGCAAGCUUCACUGGUUAUGAAGCGUGGAGAACCACAUUAAAUUGAAGGUCUCAUUGUAUUGCCACACAACAUUGUGUAGUUUAUUCUCCAAACAGAGAAUUAAGAAGUAUCAAUAAGGGAAUUGCAAAUGGCAGACAAAGCUGUUGCAUUUCAAAGAGUCUCCAAAUCAGAUCAUUUCCCUAGACUGUUCUGAUUUCAGAUUUGCAAUUCCUUUGCCAGUUCUCCACACUUCCCAGUUUCAAGGCAUAAACCCCAAGUGAGUUGGAAACAUGGCCCUCAAAUUUGAUAUUUCCUUGUAAACGAAUGAUUCUUGAUUUAGUGAAUAGAAACCCUGUAAAAUAAACACACACAAGAUCUGGCAACUGUCACUAAAUACACAAGCACACACACAGUGCUGAACACAGCUAAAACUAUCCACUGCUACAAAAUCUUUUGCAUCAUCGUUACACAUUAGCGAGCCUUGCAUUUUUCCAGGGAUACAACUUAUAUCUCCAUGCAUGAGAUAAACUGGCCUGUCUAUACACUGUCCCUGCUCCAGCAUGUAGUGUGAGUUUGCUGCAGUGGAAUGUACUUUCCUUGAGCUGUAACUGUGCUGUGUGGAUAAUGCUGUUGCACAGGAAUAGAGGGCCAUAGUGCUGACGUUGAAAGCCCAGCCCUGUGUGAGGUUAUGCAGGCAGUGAAGGAGGGGUGUUAGAGGAAGGAAGAAUGGGAGGGGACCAUGGGGAGGAGGCAAUCAGGGGCUUGUGGGAGGGAAAGAGAAGGACUUGGAGAUGCCUGAUUGCUGGAGAGAGACAGUCAAUCGUUUCUAGAAAGUCCCUAAGCCAACCGGCUUGCCCUAGUGUAAGAAGCACAUCUGCACAUUCCCAUCCAGAAAGGGGGCUCUGUGCUCUGCAUCCAGCACAGGGGAGCCCAGACACCUUCAAUGGAGGAGCAGCCUGGACAGCAGCAGCAUCAUCACCUCCACUCUCCGCCGUCUCACAACCAUUACUACUGUUAUAGCCACAGUAAGCACCCACCAGCCCCAAACCUGCAGCAUGGAGCAGAAGCCAGCGCCAAAUACCAGCCCAAGCCGCUGAAACAUGACCACAAACACGCCCUACAGCACCAGGAAACGCACCCGAAGAAAACAGGUCCGGCUUAUCGGGGGAAGGGAUCGACUAGGGGGCCACCCAAUGCCUGGUGGGGGUCUAGAGUUGGGGGUAGGAUGGAUGAAUGGCAUAUCAAGUAAAGGAAGAUUUGUGGCUGGGGUGGAGAUCUGUUGUUGGGGGACCUGUACUGGAUAGUGGGGUUCACUGAUUCCUGUAGAAUGUUACAGUAACAGUGUUUCGUUCUAGUGUUCGAUUGUGGGUUGAAGGUGACAAUGUUUGACAAGACACCCGCUAUUUUAGUACAUGAAUAGCUGGGGGUGGGGGGGGCUAGAUCUGCCAUGUCCCUCCAAGUGCUGAUGUUAGACAGAGCAGGGUACAGGGACACAUUUGGGGGACACCCUCCAGCUAGGUGAUAGGGGUGGCAUUAAAAUCUGGUAUGUGCCACCCACUAUGGUUUCAUAAAAAGGAGUCAGGCAGGCUCCAUAUGUUGCCAGGCUGUCAGAGGCCCUCAGAUUGCAGUGAUGUGCCUUCUGUAGGGCGGGCGUCGUAAUGGCAGGGUGUUGUGACCCUCUCUUGUGGAUUUGGGGUUUCAGAUGUUUGCCAGUUGGAUUUAUUCCAAUGAUUACUAACCAUAUGACACUCUAGCCAAUUGGCCGCCCAAGCAACAUGGGAAAGGUAACCCAAAUAAAGCUGGGAUGCCAAAAGAUUAGGCAUCGUUGUUUUUAUUUUGACAGAUAACCACCCAGCAGGCCAGCAGUGGGUAUAGUGCGUUUAUUAUAGUUGUCACUACUGGGGUUCAUCAACUGGGCACCAAUCUCUUGCUUUACAUGAGCACAUUGCAUGUUUAGAGAGAACCAAACAUACAUGUGUCUAUUAAACGUGCUUUAAACAAGUUGGGCUCAAUAAGCAGGAAUGGGCCUCUGAUAUAGAUUGUUUUUCUGUACAUUAUAAAGAGGCAGGGGCCUUGAUAUUGACUGAUUUAUUAUACACUGUAAGGAGAAAGGGGCCCUGAUAUUGACUGAUCUAGAAUGCUCUAUAAGGAGGCAGGGGUCCUGAUAUUCACUGGCUAAUUAUGCACUAUAAGGAGGUAGGGGUCCUGAUAUUGACUGGCUAAUUAUGCACUAUAAGGAGGUAGGGGCCCUGAUAUUGUCUGAUUUUAUUAUGCACUGUAAGAUGGCAGGGGCCCAGAUAGUGACUGAUUUUCUUAUACACUAUAAGGAGGCCUGAUACUGACUGAUUUUUGACUGAUUAUGCACUGUAAGAAGGCCGGGGACCAGAUACUGACUGCUUUUUUUUUAAUUAUGCUCUAUAAAGAGGCAGGGGCCCAGAUACUGACUGAUUUUUAUUAUGCACUAUAAGGAGGCAGGGAUACUGACUGCUUUAGAAUGUACUAUAAGGAGGUAGGGGCCUGAUAAUGGCUGGCUUGUUAAGCACUUUAAGGAGGUAGGGGCCUGGUAAUGGCUGGCUUAUUAUGCACUAUAAGUAGACAGGGCCCUUGAUAUUAAUAGGUUCUCUGUGCACCAUAAGGAGGCGGCAGCAGCGGCCCGUGUAAUCCUUGGUUUCUUCGCCCCUGUCCACGAUGCGGGUCUCGUUUCCUCCCGCUAGGCCGCAGUACUGUGACCUUGUAGUAGCCGGCCGGCUAGCUAGCUGUGGCUCCCGGGCCUGGGAUUCGUGCUGCCCCGGAUAGGUGGGCGGGCGUGGCCGGGCCUUUGCCGGGGGGAGGAGCCCCGUCACCCACGGUUCAUUCUACCUCGUCCGCUAUCCUCCCCUCCCUUCCUCCGUGGCCCUCGGAUAUCUCUGCCUCGCCACGUACAUACAUUAAUAUCAUCCACCUCGGUGGGGCCUACUUCUCGGGCCUGCAGCCGGGGACUCCGGUAGGACCGCUCUCGGGUCAAAGGCGAGGCGCCACCAGCUUGCGUAAUGCCAACACGGCAGUUUGGAGCAGAGGCAGAGGGAUCGCUGGUGUCACGUUCCAACCGGAAUCCCUGUAUACAAGAAAUGUCUCACUGUGUUCCUCUAUCAGGACACUUGACGUUCUAAAUGGAGAUUACAGAAUAAGGUGUCUCAGAUGAAUAUUCUGGAAGAUGUGAGCAGUUCAUCUCAAUUCUAUUCGCAUGACAGGGAUGGAAUUACAUUUUUUUUUUUUUCUCUCUCAAAGACAUUUAAAUAAUGAAUGGGUUGGCAAGUACUUGUAGAAUUUAUGCGAUAGAUGAAUUUAAAAAAGGGGAAAGGGAAGCACUGUAACUACUACAAUUGUAGUGGUUAUGGUGUCAGGAGUUCCAUAGUGCUAAUCCUAUGCAAAUAGUCAAACGAUCACACUCACACGCUUACUAGGUGCCUGCAGUGUGCGCCUUCUAUACAAGGAUCAGUUUGUUUAAAUAUCUUACAGAUCCUCAUUGAAGGAACAACACUAAUCCCUGACAAUUUACACACUAGUGAAUAACCCUGUAAAUUUACAUUUUGGCAAUAAUAACCGCUUCAACAUUGACAUCCAACAAAGACUCACUCGCCGCCAAUUAAUUAUCAUCCAGGUUGGGCAAAAUUGACACGAAUAAUGCAGAAGUGUUAAAGGACCACUAGGGUGCCCCCAACCUCAGGGUCCCACUCCCACCGGGCUGGAUGGAGAGGAAGGGGUUAAACACUUUUCUCCAGAACCGGGCUCACUCAGUGUUGGAGACUCUCUGCCUCCUUUCCCUGUUCUCUGAAACUGUGCUUACAGCAGAAAGGCUUAAUCCUAGUUGGACCUAGCACCCAGACCACUUCAUUAAGCUGAAGUGGUCUGGGUGCCUAUAGUGGUCCUUUAAUUCUGCAUUAUCAUUGCAGCAGGGAUGAAGUUUGUGCCUCAGAGUUGAUUUAUAAAAAAUGUUUCUUAAAAGGACACAAUAGGCACCCGGACCACUUCAGCUCAUUAAAGUGGUCUGGGUGUAGUAAUUAUUGCAGUUUUUUGAAGGGUUAACUCCACCACUAGUGGUUGUCUAUCAGACAGCCACUAGAGGGACUUCCAGGUCGUUAGGUGGCUUUUGGUCACCUAAUUUAACCUGGGCAUCCUCAGGCAUAGGGUGAGGAUGCCCAGCGUUACCAGAAACCCCAUAGGAAAGCAUUAUACAAUGCUUUUUCUAUGGGGGUAAGUCCUAAUGCGAGCAUUGAUUUCGCCGCACAUGCACAUUAGGUCUCCCCCGCUGGCAGCAGGAGCAGAGGCAGAACAUGAUCCAGUGCAGAGGGACAUCAACCCCCUUUUUUUUUUUAAUAUAAAUAUAAACCCAUUCUUCACCACGGGGAGGUGGGCACUAUAUGAAGCUAUAGUGCCAGUAAAACAACUUUGUUUUCUGCACUUUAGUUUCCCUUUAAAUUACUGAGGCAGUGCCAGGGGCCUCUAGGUUUAGAGUGCCCCUUUAAAUGUCUUUAGUAAAUUAGAAUUAUUUAUUAGCCUUAUCAGUACAGAUAAUUUACAUUUGUGGGACACUCAAACAUCAUGCAUGUGUAACUUUCCAUUUUUUUGAGACAAUACAAUAGAUAAUUGUGUUUUCCUUUUUCCUGUGGUAGAAAGAAAGGCCAGUAUGUACUGGACAUUAACACAGUAAUCUUGGUCAGUACAUAAUUGUGGAGUGAGCGCUGUAAAAAGUAACACAAGAACAAAAAUAAUGGCGAAGGAGAAAAAGUGGAAAAAAAACUGUUCAGCAACAAUCUUUUUCUUCGUUGUAUUUUCAUACACAGGUUGGGCCUGCAGUGUACAUUAUAAUUUGAUUGUAUUAAAGCAUUCCGUUGUGUAAAGCUACGCCUCCAGAGUACAGCAAUACACGUGCAGCCUAAUAACUAUACUCACUUCAAAGUCUUGACACAAUCUCAGUGGCAUCUCGUCAGAUACCGAGGUGGCAUAAACCUCCAGAGCACAAAACUAUCCUCUAGGACGGUAAUGAACUCAAAAUGUAACCACCUUAUUCUGUCAAACACUUAGGGUGCUGACAUGCAUGGUAGAUGAAGAAUGGUCAGGCCGGUGUUUACAAACGCUUGCCGUUUAUGUCCCUUAAUGGCUAUUACUUGGUGCCAUCACUAGUGAGACUGUAGGACACCCUGACCCCAGCAUGAGCUGCAGCAUCAUGGUACCAGGAAUGAUGUGGAAUCUAGUUAUAGCACACUUUGUAUCUAGCAAGAUCUAGUAUACCUUUUAUUUUGGAUAGUCUUCCUGGUUAACCUCUGCAGCCAUCAUUCUGACAAGGCUGUUCCCAGUGAUAUUCUUAGAAAACAUACCAAGAUGGUGGGUGUAUCCAUUAUCCGAAUAAUCACUGCUACUUACACACAGUAUAAAUCAAAGGAAGGGCAAUAUUCAUGGGGGGCACUUGACUCCUGUUGCCAUUUGGUGUGGAUGCCAAUGGAUGUACUGCAUGUUUAGUGUUAAAAUAAAAGGGAGGUUUUCCUGGCUUGCGUUUCUCUUUAAUAUUGGAUCUCACUCUUCCUGUUAAAGUGAAUCUGUAGUGUUAGGAAUACAAGGCUCUGGUGUCCCACCCUGGCCCCUAGCAGAUAAAGCAUUUAAAAACGCUUUACUUGCCUUAUUUCAGCGCAGACAUCUCUCAUUGCUGGGACACAUUCCGCCUCCACAAACCUCAUCCAAUGGGGGGAUCUGAUGUGCAGCGAGUGCUAUACGCAAUAGUCCUUCCCCAUAGUAAAGCAUUGCCUCUAUAUUCAGGUUAAAAUAUUCAAGCUGUGACUAUACCUCAGUUGGAGAAUUUCUCCAAAUCAUCUAUGUUUGCUUACAUCUCUUAGUUCGGAGUUUAGAGAAUAAAUCCCUUUUUAAUGUGUUUUAAUCAAUUUGCAACUGCUCUAGCUGCUCUGUCUCUUUUACAACUUGUUCCCUUUAAAUGUCGCUGAGUACACCUCUUUCCACUCACUCUUACAUCUUCCAGAUUUUGUGUUGGCAGGACAAGUUUUCUAUGUUUCUGAUCACCCUGAAAAUAACUCUAUACAUUGUUAACAAUUAACUGAAAUAAAUAGACCUGUGUCAGGGCCAUAAUAGUGCAUGGAAUGCUGUGUAGACUAUGACCUGCUAACAUUUUACCUAAUUCAUGUAACAGUGCAGAAAUUAGCUUGUACAAUGUUGAGAUGACUCUCUGAAUUUUCAAAGUCUAGAACUUUGCUACUAUGUUGCUAGCUCAAAGUGUUGCAUUCUUUCACAAAGCAAUUCUGAAAAUAGCAGUACCUCUGCUGUCCUUUUUGUGAUUGAAUCAACAAAAUCCCUUUUGGUAUGUUGUUUGUGCACAGCUUCGUUCAUCUAAAGUUUCUUUGGGAAGUUGUAUCUAAGUGUAGCUAAAAGUGAUUUCCUACAGCAAACGCUUAUAGACCUUAUUCUAGAAAUUUAUUUAUAUUUACUGGAAUUUGCUGGUGUCUAUCCCCCAUAUGACUUUGAACAUGGAAGCCCAGACCAAUCUUAUGUUAUAAUGAGGUACAUUUUAACUUAACAGCAGCACGAUGAGCAGUUUGACUCAUCUAUUGUACCAUUUUUCUAUUUUAAAGUGACCCUAUCCCACUCAUGGCGAAGUCAUGCCACCCCACCCACUGCUUAUUUCAGGCUGACUGAUAAUGUUCUGCUAUUUAGUUAACAUACCUGAAGUGCCUAGGUUAGGCAUAAUUGAUCUAUUCAAAUUAUCUCAAUAAAUUCCGAUAUUCUGUAUAGUUAAAGUUUUGGAAAAGUAACACAAUUUCUACUGAAAUCUGGCAUUGACUUAACAUUCUGACACCUAUCGCACUACUAUCACUCUCAGGCAGACUGUACAUACUGAGUACCCAGCAUCUACAGUGUUGUUACUGAUAGGAGUUUGCUGUGAGCAGCCACACUCCCAUCACUCUGUUAGCCAGCCCAGUACAUUACUGUUGAUUAUUCACUGUCUCACCUCCCUGCCUUCAGCUGAUCUCUGCAUGCGGGGACUCUUAGAAAGGGGUGACGUGAGGUCACAAUAAAUAUUUUCUUUGGCUGGUGGCUAGAGUUUUCACAUGUAGAAGACAGCAUGUGGUGACUGGGAGAGGUGAGCAAGUCAUCAAUAAUAUUGGUAAAUUACAAGGUUGAUACUGAUUAUCUGUAAAAUGCUAAAUAUCGGCUCUAAUAAUUGGUGGAACCGAUAAGAGGUCUACCAGAGUAUCACGAUGCAUGACACUUUAAAAAAAAAAAAAAAAAAAUUUUUAUUUUUUAUUAGUCUAUCAUAAUACUUAAAAGUCAAGCUUUAGAGAGGUGUUUUUUUUUGUUCUCUUCCUCAGGUUUGAAGUAAUACUAAUCAGUAUCACAGAGUUCAACACUUAAAAGAACUGAUGUUGUUAGAGAAGGGGAGAGAGGUUGCUAAGGGUGUCAUAAAUAGUAGAAGACUGGCCAGAAGGUGCAGUUUCGUUGAGAAUAGCUAGAACAAGUAAAUUAACAGAGGAGAGUCAAUAAGCUUAUUUAAAAAAAAAAAAAUCUGUAAAAUGUCCACCUUCCAAGGCCUGAGAUUGUCUCCCUGUAGAAAAUGGAGAAUUUGUGCUAUUAGGAGUGUUAUUGAAUUUUUUAAAAAUGCUCAUGGUAUCAUGCAUAUUCAGCCAUUAUACAAUGGACUUGUCUAAACUCUCUUUAUAUGUAUAUAUGUCCACCACUCAUCCCUUAAAUCCCUUGCUAUUCUACUGGGUGUCACUCUAACAGAUGUACAGAUGUAUAAGGAAAGGUUUACUCACAGCCUGAUAACGAUUAUUGAGCAGUGAUUAAAGGCAUACUAUAGUGCCAGGAAAAAUAAACCUGUAUUCUUGGCGCUAGAGCACCCUCAGUUCCCCCCCAUCCCCCCGCCCCACCACCACCAUGGUGAAUAAAUAAAGGGUUAAACCUUUUUAUUUACAUACCUGAUCUCCGUGCUGGGUCGCGGCUCUGCCUCUUCCGUCAUUACUUAAUGAGGGUUUUUAUAAUUUGCAUUAGGUCCUCCACAUAGGAAAGCAUUCAAUCAAUGCUGAUGCUGCAUUUCUUAAAGGACCACUAUAGGCACCCAGACAACUGCAGCUGAAUGAAGUGGUCUGGGUGCCAGGUCCCUCUAGGUUUAACACUGCAGCUGAAAAGAUAGAACUGCCAUGUUUCAUUGAGGGUUAAUCCAGCCUCUAGUGGCUGUCUCACUGACUGUGAUUCUCACUCUGAAAAUCACAGUGAGAAGAUGCUGGACGUCCAUAGGAAAGCAUUGAGCAUUCCUAUGGGCGGUUUGAAUGCGCGUGCGGCUCUUGCCGCGCAUGCGCAUUCAGAUCUGACGUCGGUGGGGGGUGGAUAGUUCCUCAGCACAGAGGGAGUCUGGCGCUGGAGAAAGGUAAGUGGCAGAAGGGGGGCUGUGAUGGUGGGUGUGGGGGGCCUAAUGACCCUAUGGUGCGUGAGGACAUCCAGCAUCAGUUAGCACCAAAAGACCGUUACUAGAUGCUGUCUUAGUGCUGCAAUGUAAACAUUGACGUUUCAGUGAGCUGAAGUGGUCUGGAUGUGUAUAGUGUCUCUUUAAUUGACAUUCAUGGUAAUUACCUAAACACUUAAUUUUAUCUGGAUUGAUUUUGCCAAAAUUUCAGGCAACAAUAACUGAUUUGGAGGAAAAAAAAUAGUUUUGAGUGUACUUUUAUUUCCAUAAAAUUCUGAGCUUUGGGGUAACCACUAAAAAUCAUUGUAAUGGUUAGUGAACAAACAUCCUACACAGCUGGAACAGCUUGUGCACUUUUAUUCUGGUUAGCACAACGCACAGUCUAAUUUUCAUGCAGAAUAAAAAUGUAUUUUUUUUUCUACUUCAUUGUUUUCAUUCUUGCUGGUAGCUAGCAAGCGUGGAUUAGCAGUAAUGUUAAUUUAUCAAUCCUUUUGUAUGAGGAAAACCUCAUAUACUGUGGGGAAAAAAUGAUAUGUUAAUUCAUUGUUCAAGGAAAACUUUUUUUUUUUUUUUUUUCCUUUAAAGAAGUUUGGUUUUUAAUGAGAAUAUUUUUCCCUUGUAGUUUAUAUUUUAGUAUUUUCUCAAGUACAAUUGGUGAAAGAUUUCUAAGCACAGUAAGGAUUUUGUACUGAUUUAUAAUACAAGGAAUCCUUAAGGGAACACUAUAGUUUCAGGUAUACAAAUAUAUAUUCCUGACACUAUAUUUCUGGUAUGGAUGUUUAGGUCCGCCUCCAUGGGUGAUAUCCUUAAAAUUGAUGAUCACAGCCAAUCCAAUGUUUUCCUAUAGGAAAGAAUUGUGAGGCUAUUGCGUAUGAGCAGCACAACACCACUCUGCGCCAGUCAGCAUCUCCUCAUAGAGAUGCAUCUCUACAGCGACAAUCAGCGUCUCCAUGCAUGGUGUGGAGAUGCUGAAAGCCAAUGCUAUAAAUACUGAGCAGCAUUGACACAAGAAGGGCCUCUAGUGGUCGUCUGAGAGUUACUAGGCAGCAAUGUAAACACUGUUUGUUAGUUUUCUGCAAAGGCAGUGUUUACAUUAGCCCACAGGGACCGGUUAUAGACACCAGAACCACUACAAUAAGCUGUAGAGGUUAUGGUGACUAUAGUGUCCCUUCAAGUGUUGUCACCCAUUUUCUGUGAAACCAUUUUCAAGAUGAUCUAUAAGAAAGUGGCUCUUGCGGUACCCAAGCCAGGCCCCCUGUAACCACCAAUAUUAUGCAGACAUUUUAUCAUCCAAUAUUUGAAUGCAGUAAUUGGCUCUAGGCUUUCCCACCCCCGUCCCGCCUGUCAUUGCCAGCCAAAGUUGGAUAGCCAUGUUACAGGUAAUGUGAAUGUAAAAUGUCUCCAUUAUUUCAGUAGUACUGGGGCAGGGCCUACAAUCCUGGGAAAGGCGCAGUUUUUGUCAAACAACUCCAAAAUGCAAAAUUGACAAAAACAAACAAAACUAAAGGCACUAAGAAUACUGUUGGCACCACAAUCUAGCAAAAUGUCUUGGUGGUUGUAGUGCUUCUUUCAGUAAAACAUUGGGGAUAUUCUCUAAAUUAUAUAAUUAUACAUUAUUUGCUGUAAAAAUAAGCGGAGUAUUGUUUCCAAUUUACCUAUCUUAUUUUUGCAUGAGUUGUUUCAUUUGAAGAUUCUCCACAUCCCUGGUUUAAUAAAUAACCCCUUAUAUCUCUUGUCUGUUCUUUUUCGAUAACAGUGAUUCACCAAAUCCCCUUGCUUCCUUAGUGUGACAUCAUCAGCAUGUGCCUAGCCAAUCAGCUGAAAAGUUUAGUAGGGAGGCUGUUUGGUUUCUGUUACAGUGUGAGCACUUUAGAAUCCCUGCUCGCUCCUGCUUAGCGUCUCUUGAGUACAGGUUUUCGUGAAUGAAAAGAAGUUCCUACUUGUUUAGUCAUCUGAGACAUGCAAAAAAUCUGUUAGAAGAAUAGAGCAUCUAUUGUGUUUUUUGUUUGUUUGCUUUCUCCCUCCAUGCCGGACUGUGCGUGUAUGUAUAUAUUUAUCCAUCUAAAGAGACACUUCUUCAUUGAUCACGCUUUUGCUGUGUUUUUCCACUGUGUCAUAUAUAGGUCUGUUUCAAUACUGUAUGAUAAGCCACCUGCAAAUAUUUUCUAUGGCUCCCAUUCUGCCACUGAUUGUCAUGCACUUUUUCUUAUAAAUAUUAUUAGAUCUUAUUGCUAUAAUAUUAAGUCCACCACCAUAUAACUUGCUUAGCAUAUGGAAUAUGUAGGCCAGACAAAGGUGUAUGGUGUGUCUUUUUUUAUUUAAUUUUUUUAUUAUUUUUAAAAAAUUUAAUUUUAUUGCUGUUCCCCUUUUUAUUUUAGGUCACCCAUGUUCUUUAUUACUAUUGCCUUUUAUUUAGCCAUUAAGGACUAGUGGCAUUCUUUACAGAUCGUAUGCUUAUAUAGAAUGUCCUGCAUGUUUACUAUUGGUUUCUCUGUGGGGGCCUGUUAUCACGGAGCACUUAGUAAAAUAAAAUAAUUUGAUGUGUUCCUCUGUUUAUUUCAUGUUACUGGGUCUCCCUUGGUUUUCAGAAUUAGGAUAGAAAGAACCAUAACCACUACAGUUCACUGUAUUUUUUUGUUGCAAAUUUCUAUGUAAAGACUUUAUCACUACUCUAACUCAUUUUGAAAUUAGCUUUUUUUUUUUUUUUUUAAAUUUCUGCUGUCCAGGUAAACUGAUUGGCACUAAUGUAUUUUUUUUUUUUGUAAGCUUGAUCUUUUGCAAAGGGAAAAAAAUAUAUAUAUUUUUUUUAGCGUAUCAGAUGAUGCUAUAAUCCUGCAUAUUAUUUUUACUUUGUAAAUAUGGCUGUCUCAUGGCCUUCCAUUUAAUGCAAAUUGUAAAGUGCCCAUGUGAGUUCAGUAAUGAACCCAGUUGCCAAUGUGGGUUGCAUUGAGAUAAUAGAUAAUCCAGCACUCUGAAAAGCCAUAUCCCAAACUGUAAUGAAUUGAUGUGCAGUUCAAUCUUGCACAUUGGUCUUGUUUUCCCUUUUGGUGAGUGUGCGUUCUAGUAGACUAGUGACAUCUGAGAAUUCAGAAAUGGAAAGUAAUUUGAGAGUCGUUUCCAGUGGAAGCUCUGCUUCAGCAGCAACAAUUCCCAGCAGAAAAAAAAUAGAAAUUGUAAAAAAUAAAUAAAAAAAUAAAGUUUGUUCCAUUUUAGUUUAGUCCAGAUCCAUUCAUUCGGAUAAUCUGUUUUGAACUUGGAUUUAUCCCACUGUGUGAUUAACCCUGGGUUAAUAAGUGACGUCACUGCCUACUCUUUCUUCACAUUAUUUGUGCUGUGACACUACUUCUAUUAAAAAGGAAUUAAACUUUUUUUUUUUUCUUUUUUCUCAAACCACAUUUUUGUUUUCUCCCUAACUAGAUGUACUCUGUUAACAGCAUGCCAAGGCAAAUUGUCCUACAAGUUUGGAGCCAUGCAAGAUUUACACACACACACUCUCUUUGCCAUACUCACACAUACAGUAAGCCACUCUAUCACACAUAUCAAAUAAAGCACACUUCUAGUCAUCAGUCAUUAGUCAAACUCGUAUAUCAAACUAACUGAAUGCACAGCCUCACGUGCACACGUAGCAAGCCACACAUUCUGAUAUAUACGGUAGUUAAAUGCAUAACUUAAAAAUCACUUUCCUACACAUACAUUCAUACAGAUAAACACAAAAUGCACGGGCAUGUAUACAUACAUAAUCUGUGAUCAGCCUUUCCAGAGGAAUUAUUCUCCCUCGCUGCUCACCACUGUCGGUGGUAAAGGAGAGGAUAUGGUACCCAGAGUUAGUGUAGUAGGAGACUGUCUUUGUGUGAGGUGGUAGCACUCCUGCUUUUCUGAAUGCUGUAUUCAGGCAGCGUGCCAAGAUAAUGUGACGUCAUUGCACGUUUUUCCCAGCUGGUAGAGUGAGUGAGCGUGGUGGAGAGCCGAUAUUAAACUGAAAACAACCAAAAGAAAAGCAAAUCGUUAUAAAUAAAAAUUAUGCAUCUUAGAAAAAUCACGAUCCAAAACAAAUCUUGGUAGAAGUGGAGUAUUUCCACAAAGGAUUGACCGGUGGAACGUUCCAUAAAUAAGGGCUUUUUGCUGAGAGUCUUGAGACUGAACAUAAUGCUUACAAUUCUCUUUAGCCCACAUCACAGCUGUACAGCAUAGGAUUAAUGGUCGAAUUUCGCUAAACUCUGCAAAUUUCCAUAACGCAACUCUUGCGACGCGUGGGUUGCGAUGCAUUUGUGAAUUGGCAAAAUGUGAUGUGGUAGCUCUGCAUGUUGUCAAGUUUUGUCAACUUCGGGCUUGUACAUAAAAAAAAAAAAUACUUUCUUUUGUCUUAUGAUAGCUCGUGAUUGCUGUGGAAUGUCAUACGCAUUCCAAUGAAACUUGAUUGAACUUGCCAACACAGUCAUAUGAAUAUUCCAUAAAGACAAGGGGGAGGCAGGCAAACUCAAGCAGAACGUGCUUGCCACUUCCAUUAGCUCAGGGGCGCUAACGGAAGUUGGACGGAAUUCGGGGAGUUCCCUAGUAAAUUUAUAAAAGUGCUGAUUACUCAUAGAAAUCAUUACUUUGAUAAACUAGGGUACUCCUCACCCAUAAAGCACUUCAGCAAGCUGGAGUGCUUUUGGGGUGUGGCAUGGUCCUUUAAGCACUAGUUGCCAUUUUUUGUGACGCCAUAUCCUGUGUAUAUAUGCUUCGCUAUUGUCUAAAGCCCCAUUGAGAAGCUGCUGAUUCUGCAUUGUCACUGUUCUAUAAUAUUGCUGGAAAGAGCAGUACCUCCCUUUCACCUGAUUACAGCUCAUGCUUACUGCUGCAUUUACAGAAUGCUUUAUAUUUUUUUUAUCACAUGGUGGAUUUAUAAAGUUUUAAAAUCCGGUAACUGCAUGUUAUGUCUGUCGGAAGAGAUUCUUUGCUUAGUUAUGUCAAUAUUUAAUGGGUUUUCUACUAAGUGGUUAAAAAUGAUAAUGGGGGAGCUUUUUUUUCAUCAGCUUUUUAUGCUCUUUAGCUGGGGGAUUUAACUUCAUCACUAGGUUAAAGGAAAAAAAAAAUACUAACAUUAAAAACGUUUUCCACUGUUUAUAUAUAUAUAUUUUUUUAAAUUCUGUCCCAUUUGCUGAUCAACAUGAGGAUACUCAAGAGUAGUGCCCCUCUGCUUCACCGGGUUACCGAAAUAAAGUGGGUAAUAAUUGCUGAAUAAGGUUCUCAUAGCCAGCACUCCACUACCUGUGUCAGUAAUUGUUCUAGCUAGGUUUUGUUUAUUCUGGCCUGUUAUACUGUUUAUCAGCAAAAAAAGUCACAUUUUGCAGUUUUUCCUAAUGGCUUACAUUAAAAACCAAUGCUAUCACUGUUACAUAAUGAUGGUUCAUUAUGUAAAUCAAAUUAAUUAUUCUGUUUUCUAGAACUGCUAACAUGUAAUACCAAAUUAACAUUUAAAACUGGGCGCACAUAAAUACUCACAACGCACGUAAAACACACAAUUCAUACAUAAAGACUACUCUCACACAAAUACAUAUGUGUACACGGUUAUAUGCUGAACUGUUAAUUGAUUUAUUUAUUUUUUUAAAUCUCAAUAUUUCUUUAAAUUUUUAACGAAUACAAUUUAUAUCAAUUUACAUUUAAAUAUUCAGUCACUCAAACACCAAUACAUAAUGAUUCACAUUACAUAUAAAUGUACUACAUUCAUAUCAGGGGGUUCCAAGGAUAAAAUUUUUACAAAUUCAGAAUAUCAAGUAUCUUUUAACUUCAAGUUCAGGGUAGAUCUUACAUAGUUGACAAUUUGUUUAGCCAAUUUUCAUACAUAACUUUUUUUUAUUAUUUGAGAAAUAUGAUUUAUCGUAAGCGAUUUUUUUUUUUAUUUAUUUUUUUUACAUUCAAUUGUGUUUUAAUUUGAAAGAGUAUAUGUUGUUUUUGAAAGGGUAAGGAGGACCUCCAAUUUCUGGCUAUUAUUUUCAUAUUGAACAGCAAUAUAGAUAUCAUUUCGUGAUUUUAAAAUCCAGUUUACAUGUAAUAAUGCAACUGUAGGUGAAAAUAUUAGUUUUAUACCUGUCAGAUCAUAAUAGAGUUUAAAGACCCAAGACCAAAUUUAAUUAACACAUGGGCAGAACCACCAUAUGUGAAUAUAAGAACCCAAACUACUACCACAUCUCCGACACGUAGGGUCGCAAUUCUGAUACAUUUUGGCUAAUUUUGUUUGGUGUUAAAUACCAUUUGUUUAUAACUUUAAAAUGGCACUCUGUCAAAUUCAAGCAAUGUAUAUUUUUAUAAGUAUGUGACAAAGAGGAACACCAUUCUUCCAGUGUUAUUGUUAAUUAAAUUUCUUGCUCCCAGUAAUUUAUUAUUUUUGUUGGGUUAUCAUUAAGUAAGUCUAGAAGGAGAUUUGCUUUAGAAAUUACUUUAUUAACAUAAAUAUUGCCAAAUAUAUUUUCCAUAAGACCUGCUGACUGAAAUGAAGAUUUUAAAAUAUUGAUAUCUAGGACAUUUUUAAUUCUUAAAUAUGUAAAAAAUUCCUUUUUUUUUGGACUUGAAACUUUUUCACCAUUUCUUGAAAUAGAAUGAUCUUAUCAUCUUUCAUUAUUUGUGAAAUUGAAAUUGUAUCUUUAUUUGGCCAGUUCUUUAAUAAGUCUUUCAUAUUUUGUUCUAGUACAGUUAAUUUACAGUUUUUUGUUAUAUAUUUGGCAAUUCCCAGAGCUUUUUUUAUCUCCUCCCAAACUUGUAAAAGUUGAUAUAAUAUUAAUGAUGUGUCUGUAAGGGCCUCUAUAUGUUUCUUAUAACAGUUUAACCAUAGAUAGUACUCCAAAUUCCUUGUUUUUGUUGCUUCUGCUUCAAUAAUGUACCAAGGGUCUACAUUCACAUGUUGCUCUUGUAAUUUGUAUAUAUGUUUAAUUACAUUCGCAUAAUAUAUAAGUACUGAGUUAGUAAAGUUUAAACCCCCUUGUUUUGUCUUUGGAAAGUGUCUUUAAUCUGAUCCUGGGCUUUUUAUUCUUCCAGAUAUAAGAUGAAAAACUGGCUUAAAUCAAAUCUAGCCAGCUCUUCGAAAUUUUGAGAGGAUUCAUUGCAAAUAAAUAGGACCAUUUGGGUACCAUAUAUGCGUUUACAACAUUUAUUUUCCCCCCACCAUAAUGUUUGCACAUUUCGCCAUGAUUUUAGUGUUUUAUUAGUAUAUUUUAAUAAUUCCAUUACAUUCAAUUCCAUUGUAUUUUCCACUCUAGCUGGAAUUAAAACUCCUAAAUGAUUUAUUACUUUUUUAGUCCUAAUAAAGUUAUAUUCCUUUCUCAAUUUUUCUACUAUUGAUUUAUCCAUAUUUUUAUACAUUGCCGUGGAUUUUAGUGUAUUUAAUUUAUAAUUUGAAACCAAAGCAUAUUUAUUAAUUUCUUUCAAUAAUUCUGUUAGAAUGGAAAAAAGGGAUCAGCGCUAUCUAUACAAGAUACAAUAGAAACAAAAAUAAAUAAGUAAUAAGUGGCAGCACACCUAAAAAAUAGGGCUCCCUCACAGGCCUUACAACAGAAAUAGUACAGAAAAAAGAAAGGAAGGCAGCGCCACUACAAACCACAUAAAUUAAAAGAGCAUAGAAUAGGCAGACUAGAAUGCAAUAUAUAUGAUAGAAAAUAAGCAAAUAGAAGUCCAGAAUAAAUAGUCUGACUGGUAGAUGAAUCAAACAACAAGGUAUAUCUUUGUAGAGGUGAAUACAGUCUUUAGUAGUGGGGGAUUCUUCAGAGUGGUGUAGAUGCGUCUUUGUACAUCAUAUGAAAUGAAAAAAUAACAACUGAUGGUAUAGUAUGUCCCGAAAGGGGUAGACGCAAUAAAAGAGUAUAUGGUCCUACUCACGUUUUCAAGAGCUAUGGACUUAGCUCUAGUGUUGAUAAUGUACACUGUAUUCAUUGAACAGUUAGUCUGUUCAACUAAAUGUGAGUAACCACUUGUUUUUUUAUCUUCUCACCUCUGGCAUUUUAUACUUUGAGCACUAUUGCUGUUCCCGCUUUUAUUUCCACAUAUGGUUCCCUAAUCAAGAAAGAAUACUAAGACCUCACGUAUCCCAUAAGUGGGGAUUAUACCACUGUACGCUAUCAACGUACGCUAUCAACACUAGAGCUAAGUCCAUAGCUUUUGAAAACGUGAGUAGGACCAUAUACUCUUUUAUUGCUUCUACCCCUUUCGGGACAUACUAUACCAUCAGUUGUUAUUUUUUUCAUUUCAUAUGAUGUACAAAGACGCAUCUACACCACUCUGAAGAAUCCCCAACUACUAAAGACUGUAUUCACCUUUACAAAGAUAUACCUCGUUGUUUGAUUCAUCUACCAGUCAGACUAUUUAUUCUGGACUUCUAUUUGCUUAUUAUCUAUUAUAUAUAUUGCAUUCUAGUCUGCCUAUUCUAUGCUCUUUUAAUUUAUGUGGUUUGUAGUGGCGCUGUCUUCCUUUCUUUUUUCUGUACUAAUAAUUCUGGUAGAGAUUGUUCAGGAGAAGUCAUUAUAAUUGUAGUAUCGUCCGCAUAUAGCGAAAUUUUGAUUUCCCUUAUGGCGGUAUGAAAGCCUUUAAUAUUACAAUUAUCCCUUAUAUUAGUUGCUAAUGGUUCCAAUGAUAUAAAAAAAAAAUAUAUAUAUAUAUAGCAGAGGUUAUAAAAGGCACCCCUGCCUUGUACCAUUCUUUAAUUCAAACCACUCUGCGCAUAUAUUGGUUCCAACAGUCCUUGCUGAUGGAACCGAAUAAAGUGCCAUAAUGGCGUUAAAAAUACCAUAACACUAAAUCCAUAUUCCUCCUGAAGACUCAUUAUAUAUCCCCAGCCGACCCUGUCAAACGCCUUCUCUGCGUCUAAUGACAGGGUCAGCAGGGGAAUCUGCCUCUUUCCUGAUUGAUCUAAUAUGUCCAAAAUUGUCCUAGCACUAUUGGUUGUAGACCUCCUCGGUACAAAACCGGUUUGGUCUGUAUGUAUUUUUGGGAUAAUAUUUUUCAGUUUUUCGGCAAUAAUUGAGGCAUAUAAUUUAACAUCGACAUUGAUUAGUGGAAUUGGUCUGUAAUUUUCUACAUAUCUACUAUCUUUACCUGGUUUUACAAUGGGAAGAAUAUUCGAUUGGAGUAAUUCUUUAGGAGUUUUGUUUUUUAAUGCAAACUCAUUUAAAAAAAAUCUGUAAGGGGUUUGAUCAGUAUGGAUUUCAUCAUUUUAUAAUAUAAAUUUGUAUAUCCAUCAGGUCCUGGAUUUUUAUUUAGUUCUAAUUUGCUAAUUUGCUUGUCAACUUCUUCUAAAGAAAUUGCUUGAUUUAAUAUUAAGAGAUCUUCUUCUAAAAUCUUCAUAAUUUUUGUAUUAGUUAAAUACUUUUGUAUAUCUAUAUUUUUUUGGUUUUAAAUUUAAAUUAUAUAGUUCAUGAUAGAAUUUAUUACAUUUUUGUCCAAUUUGUUCUGGAGAGGUAUAGAUCAUGUGAUCAUCCUCGAGUUUUUCGACUCUGUUUCCAGAUCUCUGAUUUUGCAGUUUCCUAGUUGUUUUUAUUUGCACGAUUCCCCGUAUAAUAAGUAUUUAAUUUCAAUUUAUUUAUAUUUAUUUUAAUUUUUUCUUCCAUUUUUGUAAAUUAUUUAAUUUUAUUUUUCCUUCUUGUGUUGGUUGCAAUUUAUUCAAUUUAGAAAGAUUAUUAAUAAGCCAUGUGUAAAUCUGUUAAUGUUUUCCCUGUUCUUUCCCUUUGUAUAUGAUCCAUUUUGAUUAUAUAACCCCUCAUUACCGCCUUGUGAGCGCACCAGUUUAUAGUGUGUGGAGUCUCAUUAGGCUUAUUUUCCUCAAAAAACAAUUUUAAAAGAUUUGAUAACUCUUUUUUUUUUUAAUUUAUCUUUUAAUCUCCAAGAGUUCAUUGGAUAUCUGUGGGAUUUCCCUAUAUCAAUCAAUAUAAAAUUAUGAUCGGACCAAAAAUUAUUUUUUUAUUACAAUUUUACUAAUAAUCGGGAUCGUCUUGGCAUUUACCAAACACAUAUCUAUUCUCGAAUGUGAGCCGUGUGCACUGGAUAUAUGGGUAUAAUCCUUUUCCAUAGGGUUUCUGGCGCGCCAUGCAUCGUAUAGGUCAUACCUUUUACAGAGGGCCGUCAAUCUCUUAGUUUGUUUUAUAGUUCUGUUAUCACUCUUUGGGUUGCCCUGUGAUAUUUUCCCCAACUUGGGGUCCAUAACACAAUUAAAAUCCCCAGCUAUAAUCAAUGUGCCUUUUGUUAUGUUCUGUACCCUAUUCAUUAUCUUGGUUAACAUUGAAACCAGAUCCACAUUUGGUAAAUAUAUAUUUACCAAAGUGUAGGGAGUGUUUCCUAUUUCGCACACCAAAAUUAGAUAUCUGGCAAAUUCAUCAGAUUCCUGAUAUAUAAUAUCUACUUCAAUCUCUCUAGAGAACACUAUUGCAACACCUCUUUUCUUUUUAUUUAAAGAUGCAUGUUUGAUUAGAGGAAAUCUAUCUCCUCCCCAGUUCUGCUGCUUAUUUUGUAACCAAUGUGUUUCUUGUAAAAAACUGACAAAUGAUAUAACCUGUUUCUUUUAACAACAGUGUUCAACCCCUGAACAUUUACCAACAUUAUCCUGAACAUUUAAGCCAACCAAUAUUCAACAAUCCCUCUCCCCCUUCUUUUAAGUACAAUUUCGCAAAAAACAUUUAAAACAUUCAUAUCAGGCUGACAGACACAAGAAUAGUCUGCAGUCCUGAACCAUACAUAACCUUUUUGGGACAUCCUUCCUCUUUUAUCUUUGUAACUAUUUUAGUUACAGAGAAACCUGUAGUGUUCCUACCGAAAGUGGGGCAUACCUUAAAUGGAGUGAAGAAAUGAAGGUGCCUCUAUGUUGUAUUAUCCUUCUUUAUAUCUCAUUAACCACGUAAUACAUUUUUGCCUAAAUUGCUUUAGGUCUUUAUUAUCAGUGGUUUUAUCCCUAAUAACUCAAUCAAAAAGGAUUAGGGUGAUCCUUUUCUUAUUUAACCGUUUUGUUUUACAGUCGUGUUUUGAAUCUUAAUUCAAUAACAAAUUGACAUUUACCUAUCUUGUGAAAUUCCCUUAAAUUUUAAAUUAAUUUAUACCACCAUCUCUAAAAUACAAAUCAACAUCAACCAUAGUGCAACUCAUUUUUAUCUACUAUUUGUAAAUUCUCUAUUAUCUGAGAGUCUGCCCUUUAAAAUUAACCUUCUAAAGUUACCCUUCUAUAUCAAUAUAUAUUUAUACUAGUUUAUACAACCAUUUCUAAAGUGCAAAUAGACAUCAACCAUAGUGCAAUUCAUCAUUAUCUACUCUUUGUAAAUUCUCUAUUGUCUAAGAGAGUCUGCCCUUUAAAAUUAACCUUCUGAAAUUAUCCUUCUAUGUCAAUAUGUUAUUGCAAGCCUUUAGUCAUAAGAAGAAGAAGAAGAAGAAGAAAAAACAAACAAACCUAUUUCCUUAUCCUUGGAACAUUGUUAUUUACGGUGUUAUCUUAAUUUUAAUUGAAUAUAAAAUUAUCUAUUUUUACUUCAGGUAUAAUUUAAGUGUAAUUCAACAUCAUCAAUAGUGCAUUUACCAUACAAUUUCAAAAAUACCCUUCUGUGUCUCAUAUGUUUAUCUCUCAAUAGUGAUCAAUAUCAUAGUAGAAAAAAAAACCUUAUAACUUAAUUUCUUAUCAUUAGCACCCUUAAUUUGUUAUUUACAGUUUUAUCUUAAAUUUUAAUUAAAUAUCACAUUAAUUUUAUCAAUUUUUACUUCAGGUAUUAUUUAAGUGUAAUUCAACCUCAUCAAUAGUGCAUUUACCAUGCCAGAAAAUACCCUUCUAUAUUUUAUAUGUUUAUCUCUCAUUUGUGAAGAGAAAAAAAAAAAGCUUAAUUGAUACAUAGAUUUGGUUAAACCAAAUUCUUAAGUGUUAGCCAAUUUGUUAAUUUCUCAUGUGUCUCAAAGACUUCAGAACGGCUAUCAUAAGUAAGGAUUAAUUUCAACGGAAAAGACCACUUAUAUCUUAUCUCAUGCCUUCUUAAGAUCUGGAUUGAAGGCUCUUCUUUUCAUACGGGUAUUGUACGAUAUGUCUGGCAUUAUUAUUACAUUUAGGAAGCGUCCUAAACGCCUUCAAUACAUUUUCCUUAAAGUCAAAGGAAUAGAAACGAGCGAUCACAUCUCUAGGAAAGGAUUUUUCAAUGUUUUGGGGUUUAAAGACUCUAUGACAUCUUUCUAUUAUAUCAUCAUGUUCUUUAAGUGUUAGUCCCAAUUCCUCAAACAAUUCUUUCAAAAUUUCUUUUAGAGCUUGCUGAUCAUUUAACUCAUCUAAAUUUCUGAAACUGAGGUUUUUUUCUUCUUGAUCUAUCUUCUAAGUCAUCUAUCUUUGAUUCCAGGGAUGUAACUUGUUCUUUAAUUUUAUCAUUAACUUCUCUUAAUUUAUUUAUCUGAAAAUCCGUUUCAACCAAUUUAUCUUCAAAAAUGUUGGUUAAUCAAUUGGUUAAUUUCGUGUGUGUUAGUAGCUAUUUCUUUUUUUAUUUCUACCAAAUAGUUUUGUAAGCUCAAAUUGAGUUGCUCUAUUAUAAGCGAUUCUCUCACUCUUUUAUCUUCUGGUUCCAAAUUAUCUGAACCGGUAUUAGAUAUAUCCAAAUUCUGUCGGGUAUUAAUCCUUUGUUGGUCUUUCUGUUGUUGGUGAGAGAAAUAAUUUGUUACACUCUUAUCAUGUUGCUGUUGUUUAUCUUUUUUUAAUGUUCCUUUUGAUUUUUGAGGUUUUCUAUUUGCCAUUUUGUUACAGAGUCUUCUCUCUUUCACUUAGUCUUUCACUUAGUCCCCUUUAAAUUUGGGAGUUUCUUUCAGCUUUACUUUAUUUCCAAAUAAAGAUUUUUCUCCUCUCUCUUCUUUGCUCUUUACCCAGCACCACACCUCAGUUUUUCUGAUUUUCCUUUGCUUUUCCUUUCUUUCCUCUCCUCUCAAUCUCACGUUUGUCUCUUUCUUUUUCAGAUUGCUGAUAUUAUUAUUCAGAAUAAAUUACAAUUUUAAACCAGCCAUAAAGAUAAAAAGAAAUUUAAAACUUAUCUGAGGGAGUGUCUUUCCCUUUGCCAGCUCCGAUUUAUUUUUAUUUAUUUUUUUGCAGUAGCUGACCAAACCUUUGUUGUUUUAUGUUUGUGGACUUCUCAUGUCUGGCUUAUUCAAAUCCAAUCCAUCCCAUAUAGGUGGUUCGCGCAGGUUUUUAUAAAUGCUGUUCGAGGUUGGAAUUGCAGCUGGUACUCUGGAAUCUCUCGUAUCAGCAAUUUAUUCCCGCCUUUCAGCUGAGCAAAGAGUCGUGUUGGGAGUCCCCACUUUAAUGCGAACAAGCCCAUGCGUCUGUCAUUAGUCGGCCGUCCUACCGGAGCUCUGCCACACUCCAACUCACUCCAUCACGGUAGCCCCUCCUCUUCCGCCAGAGCGUUACCACGUCAUGACGCCGCUGAACUGUUAAUUGAAAUGACCGUUGCAAAAUUAAGGCAAUUUAUAUUUGAUUUUGGGGGAAUUCUCCAAGGCAGCUAUAGUCCCUAUUUGGCUAUUUACCCACAAUUUUGCAAUUUGAAUUUGAAUUCACUAUAGUUCUAAGUUUUCUGGGCAAAACUGGUUGACUCUAAACAACACACAUGCAUUCACAUGCUUAUUGGUUUCAUUAUUUGCUCUCUCCUCCCCACUACUGCUGAUCAGUGUUGGAGGUAGUGGAUAUAGGAAGCAAACCGCUCUGUACAUGAAUUUGUAAAAAAUCCGCAGGGUUUGUGUUUGGCUAUUUUUUAUUUUUAUUUUUUUUUUUAACUUUAUUUUUUUUUCUGUGUUAGAAAUAAUAAUCACAAUCUCACAUUACUUGAUUAUUUGCCGCAGGGGAAAAUUUCUUAUCUUUUACGUAAUGAUGAAGCAUGUGUGGAGCCAAUAUUCUGCCUGUUUUCAACCUUCUGGUCACCGUUUUAUAUGUAGGCAUCACAUGGGACCAUAUCUAGGCUAGGUACAUGCAAAAAAGAGGGUAUAUAAGCAACAAGAACCUCUACCCCUACCACCUUUGCUGCCAGGAAAAACUUAUUUAACCCCUUAAGGACCGGCCUGUUUUUGCGAUGUUGUACAUUUGCGACCAGGCCUCUUUUUAAACUUUUGUGGUGUUUGUGUUUAGCUGUAAUUUUCCGCUGUCUCAUUUACUGUUCCUAUACAAAUUAUAUAUUGGGUUUUAUUCAGGACAAAAAAGGCUUUCUUUACAUACCAUUAUUUAUAUAAUCUCAUGUAAUUUAAUUUUUAAAAAAAUACAAAAAUAUGAUGAAAUUUUUUUAAAAAUACAUGUUUUUGGAAUUUUACUUGCAAAAUCUUUUACUCAUCUACAAAAGCGAAUAAAAGAAACUGCUAAAUAGAUUAAAAAAUUUGUCAUGAGUUUUAAAAUACCCAGUGUUUUGAAAAAAGUAAAAAAACUAAAUUGAAUGCUAAUUUUGGCCAGUGUUUGUGACUAAGUGGCUAUUAAAAAAGACUGGACAUAUACCCCAUUUGCAAUACCUUGGGUUGUCUUCUUUUGCAAAUGGUAUGCCAUCAUGGGGGUAAUUCUCAUUCCUGGGCUACCAUACGCUCUCAAAGGCAACGUAACCAACCUGGCCAUUUUCAAUGUAAAAAUAUUUGACCCAUAUAUUUGACCCUGUAACUUUCAAAAACGCUAUAAAAUCUGUACAUGUUUUGUUCGGUAGACUUUGCUGAACACAAAUAUUAGUGUUUCAAAACAGAAAAACAUAUCGCAACAAUUAAAUCAUCAGUAAAAGUGCUGUUUGUGUGUGAAAAAUACAAAAGAAAAAGUCUCUUUCACUGACAAUAUUAUCGCUGUGAUAUGUUUUUUACUGUUUUGAAUCACAAAUAUUUAUGUCCAGCGAAGUCUCCCGAGUAAAACGGUACCCCCCAUGUACAGGUUUUUAGGGUGUCAUAGAAAGUUACAGGGUAAAAUACAGUGCCAGCAAAUUAAAUUCUUUGGACUUUCAGCCUGGGUUGGCAGGCAGGUCCCUUAAAUUGCAAUUAAUAAAAUGACUUAAUUAUGUAAAAAUAUUAUACAAAUACGCACAUAGAAUUUAAAUAUAUAUGCAUAUUUAUAUAUUUGAAGUCUACGUGUAUAUUUAUAUAAUUAUGUAAUUUUGUAUAUGGACAUAUAUAUUUCGUAUUAUUUUUAUAUAUAUAUAUAUAUAUAUAUAUAUAUAGAUAUAUAUUCAAUUUCAUUCUCAGUGUAUUUUGCUAUAAAUAUAUAUAUUUAAUUUCAAAAUACAGUUAGAAAAAAAUUUCAUAUAGAUGUAUAAUUUUAUAAAAUUAUUUUUAACAUUUUUCUAUUUAAUUUACUGUGUGUAUGUGUGUGUGUAUAUAUAUAUAUAUAUACGUGUGUAAUUUAAUUAUAAGUGUAUUUUUAUAUUAAUAUAAGUACAUAUUAAUAUAAAAAUACACUUAGUAUGACAUAUCUUAUUUUUUAUUAACAUUAACUUUUUUAAUUUUUUUAUUUUAUUUUAUACUUGCAGGGAGACUGCCUGUCAGCACAGACAGUCCCCCUGCAGGCAGACACAUGGACACCUAUUGUGACCAUGUAAUCGCUCUGUUGAGCGAUCACAUGGCCACAGGGGUCCUAAUCCGUCGCAGGGAGACUGUCUGGGCUGCAGGCAGUCUCCCCACACUGGGAGCACCGCCGAUCGCCACCGGGUGAAUGACGGCAAUCAGGUAAGUACAUAAGACCUUUUGUACGGUACAGGACCGUCAGCGGCCGGCAAAGCAAAAACGCCGAUGACCGUCCUGAACCGUCCGCGGUCGUUAAGGGGUUAAGGUUGCUACUUUUUUGGCUUUUGUAUUUUUUUAAUUUUAGGUUUGCUUCUGGUAAAGAAUCAGACGUUUAAAAUGGAAAUGCAUUGUCUCCUCAAUGUGCUGUCCACGAUCUACGUUGUGUAUGUCUACUUUUCUAGUAUCUGUAUGAGCCGAGCUUGCAUUGCUUCCUUCACCACUAAAUAUUCUUUGAACGUUGGUUGCCAGGUGCUCUCGCAUCUGCAGUUGUUUACAUUUCUUGAUCAUUGCUAAGACCUUAAAUUGUGCUGACCAUUUCUUCCUUCAUGGAGGUCUUGAAUUCCUCCCUGAGUGUGUGUUCUCUUACAGCUGUCCAGUGCGUGCUGUGCUGAGUGACUGAAAUGUCUGCUAAUUCCACUUUUCUCAGUAUCUGCCAUUUCCUAACUGAAUAAAAAGAUCUAGUUCUAAAAUAAAGGGUCUGGGCAUUCAGGACAGUCAGUCACACUUUUGCCUGGAGAAGAUUUUAAGAUGGUGGAGUACUAGAUCCAGUCCAAUUUAUAACAGACAGUAAUGGAACUCUGAGAUAGUCUUGCAGCAUGCUUCAGCAGACACACAGUGUGAUGGGUCUUGCAGAACUAUUUCCAGAAGGCACACAGUGUUGAGGGAUACACAGAGGUUAUGUGAGGGUAACCUUUAUAGAAGGCACAGAGUUCUUAUUGGAAGAUACAUUAACAGACCUAUAUAGUUCCGGUGUCGGAACUGAUCUCUGCUAGUUUGUGUAGUCUAGUGGUUAAGAGCUUUGACGUUGAUGCAGUCAACCAAGGUUCAAAAGAAACAUUGUUCGAGAUAUUGCUUGCAGUGAAUAGAUUAUUUUCUAUGGAUUAACACAUACGAUAGUAAACCUAUUCACUCUUACAUGUUCACUCCACAGUAUCUCAACUAAUGUAGUUUGUUCAAGUUUCAAUAAGGACAUUUACUAUAUAAAUUAAGAUAAUAGGUAUUUGAUAACUACUGUACACUUGCAGAAAUUUAAUGAGCAGAAAAAAUCACAGUGCGGUUAUUGAAAUCACAAAAAACAAACAAACACUGUCUCCAUAUGUAAAUUACAUGAUUUUGCUAUUACAUGACGAAAAGUCAUUAUUUUAUUAAAGACACGAAGGCGAGUAUUGCUUAUCCCUUUCUUUACUGUCCACCAAUAGCAGAAAAGAAUACAAAACAUAAUGAAAAAAUAAUGCAUACAUGGUAACACAGGCCACUCCCAGACCAAGUACCAGUAUAAUAGUAGGCACCUCCCUAAGAACGUUAUUCUUUUUUGAAGAUGCGACACACACCAUAACCGAAAGUCCUCAAAACAGGAAACCAGCAGAUGUAAUCCAUCAGCAAACGAAAUGUAGAAGUCCAUAACCAUUAACACAGGACCAAUAACCGGAAACAAAUACGGAACAGCUCCAACCAGGAAGACGUUCCUCAAAGGCAGAUGAAAGAACAUCAAAGAGGUCCGAAUUAGGCUGUGAAAACUUAAACAGGCGCCCAAGGGUUAAAUCGGUACUAUAUACCAACAUCAAAGCAACAUAACUUGUAGGCAUUAAUCUACAUCCUAAAACAUUUAACCGAUCCCCCAACAAAUCCCCCAAAAGGCCGAACCGGUAUAACCCAAACCAAACCCCCAGAAACACAACGCCCCACUUAACAUCAAAUCCAAUCAUAUACAAUGAGCAACCGGGGUGGGAAAAAAUCACAUAGAAAUACAAGAUGACAAAAUUUACACAUCAGGUGGGACAAUACUCACCUCUUUAGUAAAAUCAUGACUUUUCGUCAUGUAAUAACAAAAUCGUGUCAUUUUAUUGCAAGCCACGGAGGCUCAUAUUGCAAGUUUAAAGCUGACCAACCACCUCAGAAAACAUGAGUAACAGGUAAAAAAUAAAAUUCACGUGGUCUGGUAUGAAACUCAUAUUCGCGUAAGCGGGCCACCAGACAUGAAGUCAGUGCUGAAGGGAAUGCUGAAUACGACACCUACUUAAUAGAAGUCUUAGUACGCCUGGAAAUAUUGAAAGUCACACCCUCCGAGGUGUAGAACCUGACAUCAAAAUCCAAAGCACGGACAUCCGACACCCUCUUGCAAGAGAUGAGGCAAAAACGACAAACCAAUUUAGACAACUGACGCAAUGAGAGAUCUGAGUUAGAAGGCCAGGCAUUGGUAAAAGACCGAACAGAGCUAUUCCAAGUAGAAGAAUAACAGGGCUGAGGCGGACGAGAGGAUGUUGGCCUGUGGGACAACCAUCAAAACCGCGAUGGGUUGAAGAUAUCGCCGACCUGUAUAGAUUGAUCGUCCGGUAAGCCCUGCCGACUUCAAAAAGAGAAGUCAGGAAUUGUAGAAUCGUUGCCACAGGGGCUGAAACGGAAUUCACGUCCCUAGCCAGGCACCAGCCAGCCCAAGAUUGCCAAGCUGAAACACAUCCGCCAACCAUCGUUGAGUAGUCUCCGAAACUCCCUGGACCUCCCCGGUUCACCUGAAAUCCGCCACGCCUUGAGAAGGAUCUGUCCACCAGCAGAGAGUGACAGCAGUCCCAGCAAUAGUCUGGGAAAAUCAACCGACAUCUCCAGGAGUUGAGGGAACCACGACUGCAUCCCCCAGAAGGGAGCCACAAGGCCAGUUUGGCCUGAUGGCAGUGGGCCUGAAGAAGUGUGCAAGGAUUCAUGGAAAACAGUGGAAAUGGUUACAGGGGGCUCUUGUGCCAAUACUGCAGGAAAGCAUCCACUGCCUCCCCCGUCAUGUCCGGUCUCCAGCUGAAGAACUGCGGGUGUUGGGUGUUGAGCCGUGAUGCGAAUAGGUCGAUAGCAAAUGGACUGCAAAGGCACAACACAUUUGAGAACACCUCCGCGCUUAAUUUCCAGUCGCUGGUGUCAGAGAUACUGUGAACUCCAAUCCGCCUAGACGUUGUGCAGACCCGGUAAAUAUUCCGCCAGGACCAACAAGUUCCAAUCCAGACAAAACUCCCCAAAUUCCUUUGCCAACGUGGCUAAGACCGCUGAUUGGGUGCUGCCCAUGUGGGUGAUGUACCUCAGCGCUGAGAUGUUGUCCAUGCGGAGGCGAAUGCACGCACGUGCCUGAUCCCUCGCAAAACUCCGGAUUGCAAAGGAGCCCGCAAGGAGUUCCAAAGACCUCCCGUUGUCACACCCUCGCAGUGGGCCCCCCGUCCGUGGAGGCGCGCGUCAGAGUCUAUGGUGAUUUCUGGUUGCGAACCGAAGAUCGCCCUGCCAUUCCACGCGGACAGGUUUUGGAUCCACCAUUGCAGUUAGUCCUUUGUUUUGCCAUGCAGAGUCACCAGGUCCGCGUAAGACGCGCCCUACUGUAGGUGAGCUAUCUUCAGUCGCUAAAGGACCCUGUAAUGGAGGGGGGCUGGAAACACCGCCUGGAUAGACAAGGUUAGCAGGCCAAUGAGCCGUGCCAAAUGAUGCAAGGUAAUCUGCGGGUGGAGAAGUGCCCUUGGCGGACGGAAGACUUAACGAUUCCUCCUGAAUCCACAAGGAAACCCAGAAAUCCUAUACGCCUGGCCCUGGUCAGGCAGGAUUUCUCCCAGUUUAUGAUGAACCCCAGUCGGAAGAGAAGGUCUAUGGUCCAUUGCACAUGCUGCGUAAGGACAGAGCGCUGAACAAUAGGAGUCACAAAGGGAAGUGAUGGGACACAGGUCCAGUCAGAAGGGAAAAGAACAAAAGACCCCCAAGCAGGGACAAAACACAGAGAAAUUUGAAAAAAGGACCAGUGGUGUCACAAAAAAACCCCAACAGUACAGGGGAGAGACCCUUUAGCUGGUCUGGAACCCGGAGUCUAUCAUAAACACUAGUAAACAACAAUCAGCAAUACAUGCAAAAAUAAAAACCAUUUAGCAAACAACUCUUACUCAUUCAAACACCCACAGAGCAGAGAAAAUAGGUACUUAUCUGACUGGAGCAGCAAAGAAAGAGGAAAGUCUUAGGGAGGUUCUUACUAUUAUACUGGGACUUGUUCUGGGAGUGGCCUAUGUUGCUAUAUUAUUUUUCAUUAUGAUUUGUAUUCUUUGCUGCUAUUGCUGGACAGUAAAGAAAGGUAUAAGCAAUAUGAGCCUCGGUAUGUUGCAAUAAAAUUGAACUCGCAAUCCUAACAUUAUAAUCUCUGUGCAUUACCUCUAAGUUACCCUGUAAGUAAUGGGUUUUUUUUUUAACCCCUUAAAGGACCACUCUAGGCACCCAGACCACUUCAGCUUAAUGAAGUGGUCUGGGUGCCUGGUCCAGCUAGGGUUAACCCAUUUUUUCAGAAACAUAGCAGUUUCAGAGAAACGAGUAUGUUUUCCUGGCACUAUAGUGGUCCUUUAAGGACCAAACUUCUGGAAUAAAAGGGAAUCAUGACAUGUCACACAUGUCAUGUGUCCUUAAGGGGUUAAAGAGAUUUUAAGACUUUUGAAGUAUUUUAAACUGGGUGUACAGUUCACACACCCUGAUCAAGGUGAAAUCGAGCCCAUAAGAAAUCACCUCUCAAGGGCAUACUGAGCAUUCGGGGGGAGGGGGGAUAUAUUACCUAAGUAGAGCUUCCCCAUUUGGUGUCACACCCAAAUUAUGUAUACCUUGGUUAACUGACCUCCAUGAUCAAUCAACUUAAACAGAGGGAUUGGCUAUUUAACAUUCUCUAACCAGUAAUUAGUGAACCAUGUUUUUAAAAAAAAACAAAACACUACUGAGGUUUACAAAAUAAGUGCUAUUAUGUUGGUUAUAAAAACAUUUGUUAAACUCUAAAUUUGUUAAACAUUUCCUUGGGGAAAAGGGUAAUAUAUAAAAUAGCAUAGUGUAUUUUUCUCCAGAAAAAAGUGUAAUACUCAGAAUCUUGCAUUUUACAUUUAUCGUGAAUUCACUAAAAUGUUUACGAAAUGCUCGUAAAGACUAUGUUGGAAUUGCAUAUACUUUGUCUUAUGGUAAACUCUCUGCUGGAAAUAAGGCAAAGAUAUCACCAUUAAGAUUUUACACUUCCCCCAGCAAUCUCUAAUAAUGACUGUGGGAAUAAGGCAUUAUCUCUCUCAUUGUGAGAUAAUAUCUAUGGAUGGUCUCACAGAAUCCUCCAUAUAUAUUGGUGUGGUACUUUUGCAUAUACACGAGUACCGCACUGAUGUGGACUCCUACCGGAUGAAGAGCCAAGAAGCCAUGGUGGCUCCCAUGAAGGACCGCAUCAGGUAAGUAUAAUUCGCCUGCACUUUACCCCCCCAGCCACUGCAUACCAGGUGGUUUUUGAAAAAUAUGCAAACACCCCAGAAGGUGAAAGAGCCAUUUUAAUCAAUAGGUUAGUCAUUGUCAUUGCAUAUACUCCUGACACCUUCUCAAAUCCUAGUACAAGUCCCAAGGAGAGAUUUGAAGAAAGACUGAAUCCAUGCUUGUUUAGUGCCCAGUUAGCAUUUUAUUUUGUGCAAUAUUUGAUGAGUCUAUAUUUUUUAGUUCCCUUAGAUUGUAGUGCGGUAUAACACCUAUAUUUAUGAGUAAUAUCUGGCAUUUUACUAAACUGCUGCUGUUAUUUUUUUCUUUUCUUUUUUUUUCUUUCUUUCUUACAUAGUCCAUCAACUGCCUUUUAUUUUUGUACAUAAUUGAAUGACCUGGUCAAUGAUAUGGUCUUGGUGGUCUCAUUACGGCAUAAUAGAUGGUAAUAUGUGCAACAUAUUAUUAACAACUGCAAACACUACUUCCGCAUAUUAUUUGGGGAGACAUUCUCUCCAUUCAUGGUAAUUGGGAAUUUCAGGGAUACUCAGAAAUCCCUAUUUGGUGGACGGCUGUGACUCCUGUAUGUGUGUGUGUGUGUGUGUGUAUAUAUAUAAGAACUGCGGGUGUUGGGUGUUGAGCCGUGAUGUGUGUGUGUGUGUGUGUGUGUGUAUAUAAGAACUGCGGGUGUUGGGUGUUGAGCCGUGAUGCGAAUAGGUCAUAUAUGUGUAUAUAUGUAUGUAUGUGUAUAUAUGUAUAUAUGUGUAUAUAUGUGUAUAUGUAUAUAUGUAUAUAUAUGUGUAUAUGUAUAUAUAUGUAUAUGUGCAUAUAUGAGAAAAUAUAUAUUUUCACUAUAUGUAUAUGUGUAUAUGUGUAUAUGUAUGUGUGUGUAUGUGUAUAUAUAUAUAUGUGUAUAUGUAUGUAUAUAUAUAUAUGUGUGUGUAUGUAUAUAUUGUAACUUUAAAUAUACAAUAAAACACUUUACAUCCAAAUUGUCUAAAAUUGGGUUUUCUUCUUUUUUAGAACAUGGAGAGCUAAAUGGUUCAGCUGGAGACAGACACACCCCUCCAAAGACACUGGGUUCUGACAAAGUUGCAAACCAGACUUCCUCCCGGGUUUCCAACGGCAGCCAGCAAGUUGUUGACGCGAGCACCAACCCCAAGCAGCCAGCCAAGGCCCACAAUUUUGGCAAAGCGAGCAGCAAAACAAAACCAUUGCUCCAUAAAAACAGUAUGGACAAAAGGAAUGAAAAGUCUUACGAAAACAAAAUUAAAGAGAGCAAGUGCACAGACAAGGGGGAGAUUGGGCCUGUUCAGAAUGGUUUGCUUUCCAAUAGCCCUGGAUAUAUAACUAACGGUUAUGUGAGCAAAAGUGCUGAAAAUGAUGGCAGUGGGUCAGAGAAUGGAUAUGCAACGCCCAAGAAAAGGAAAGCUAGGUGUACCAAUGCCAAAGUGGUGGAGGUGUCCUUCUCUGUGGUAGAUAAAAUGAUGGACAUUGAUGGCAAGUUGGAAUCUGAUUUAAUAGCGGAUCAAAGGGCUGGGACAAGACUGGAUAAUGCUAAAUCCACUUGGAAAUGUGAGUCUGGAUUUGGUAGUGCAGGCCGUGGUAAACCAAUCUCUGGAGAUAUACAGAGGAAAAACUCUGAUGCCAAACCUGUCACAGGAAAAAAAUUUGAUGACCGGCCCAAAGGGAAAACUUCCCCAGCCGCCACCUCCUCUAAAGAGGACUCCUGGACUUUGUUUAAACCUCCUCCUGUGUUCCCAGUAGACAAUAGCAGUGCUAAAAUAGUUCCCAAAAUAAGUUAUGCAAGCAAAGUUAAAGAAAACCUCAACAAAGCAGCCCAGAACAACUCGCCUGCUUCACAAUCUUCCCUUGCCUUCACUCCUCAGGCUGGUGAGGUCCCAACAUUGAACUGUGUGUCCCAGGUCCCUAUGUCUGCCAUGAAGUCUAUAUCUACAGUAAAUUUUGCCAACGGACCCUUGUUAUUAGGAGCUGAUGGGGGUUUUAUGGCCACUGCUGCUAGUACUGUUUCACACACACUGCCUGGGGGAGCUGAAACUUUACCCUUGGAAUCUGCUUGUGCCCCUUCUGAACAAAGGAAGCCUGGUCUUUUUACUUAUCCUUUAAAUAUGCAACAUGCACUGCCGGACACAAUACAGGGGGAACAGUCUGGCCAGUCAAAUCAACAUAGUCUGGGAGAAAUAUUUCAGAAUCAGUGGGGCUUAUCUUUUAUAAAUGAACCUAGUGCUGGGCCAGAGGCCGUAACUGAUAAGCCUGCAUUUGGACAAGUGGUCUGGGAACACCCUAUCCCAUUGGUUUCACAGGGUGCUGAUGUAUCUGCCUCAGGAAAUGAGCGCCCGGUUUUCCCCAAGGCCUAUGAGUUAGAGAAACGGACUAGCCCUCAGGUUCCAGAUGGUGUUACCCUGAAAGCAUCUCUUGUGGGCCAAGGGGGUGAUGGGGCUGGGUUAUCCUCCGAUCCUAAGGAAUUAGGGGAGCUGCAAAAGACAGACACUGCUAGCCAUGGUCAUUUAGUGUUUCAGUCCAAGGUCUUUGAUAUGGAAGUUCCUGCACAGACCUCCCUGAAAAACACUUUACAGACCUCCGCCAAAGAAAAGGGGUACCACGGAGAUCAUGAACGCAAAGAUAGCUGGGGUUCUUUUGACCUGAGGGCUGCUAUACUCUAUCACACUAAAGGUAAAUCAUUUGGUUGUCUUUGUAAUGCUUUAUGGGUGGGGCUUUACUGAUAGAGAGCAAACAUGUUAAAAGAAUCUCACAAUCUUUGUUUGUUUUUUAGUAGUAUGAAAUCUGUGCUAUUUGUGAAACCCACUUUUUGGUAUUGAGAGAAUUCAGAUUUUGUCUUUUUAUGUUUUCUCUCCUAAUUAUUAUAUGCACACUCCAUUUAAUUUUUGUAUAUGUUUAAAGCUUUGUUAAUUUCAGGCCUCAAGAUUAUCCCCCAUCCCCCUGCAAAAUUAUAUUUUCCUAAAGAGAAAAUAACUGAAAUUCCCUUCCAGAUAAAAGAUGUACUGAGACAAAGUAGGGACUACUUUUGUCUCCGUAUAUUUCCUACGCCUGACAAUUCUAGACACCGGACGGAGCUAUUGCCGUCUAGAAGUGUCAAUCUCCCAGCCGUCACCAGUGACAAGUGCAGAGAUUAUUAGCUGUGUCUAUGGAGAAUCUCAAGGGAUUCUUCAUAGCAUAGACCUCAGUGCUGUAAUCUUGUUCGUGCGCAUACAGCAGCGAUGUGUGCUCCUGGCGCUGAAGUUGGGCACUGGCCAUAAAAAAAUGAUGGUGUCUGCGAGGGACAGGUUCAGGUAAAUCUCACUAAUUCCUGCCCCCAUUACCUUAUAUGCCCAGCAUCACCUUUAUAGCAUAUUUGUUUUCUAACUUUCCAUGGGUCACUUACCAUCCUAUAAUUGUUUUUGUUUUGUUUUUUAAAGCAAAACACAAGUAUACAGAUGUUGCAACAUUUGCCAUUAAAGCGGAUCUGAUUGAAUAGCCAAGGGGUAAGCACUUCUAGCGGCUGCCAGAGAGACAGACAUAGAGGCAUGUCAACUCUGCAAUGUAAACAUUGCUGUCCCUGCAGAACAGCAAUGUUUACAGUUGAAGGGUUAAAACUACAGGGACGUGGCAUCCAGAGCCCUUCAUUGAGAUAAUAUAAAUAAAUAAAUUUAAAAAAAAAAAUGAUAUAUUUUAUGUAUGUUAUGUCAUGAGAAGGCACAAAAGCAUUGCCAACAAGUUAUUGUAACUACUGAGUUAAAAGCAUGAAUAGCCUUGAAAAUUAGUUUAUCAUGAAACAAACGAUUGUGUUAAAAUAUUUAAUAUUUUGAAAAUGUGUCCAUUUUACUUGCAAAAUGUAAAUAUAGCAAAAUAAUCACCAUGGACAACAUCCAUUUGACAAACUUGUGUGUUUGGUGCAUAUUAAAAAUCCCAUUUUUACAAAUCUCAUAGAUAUAACUUGCAAUACACCAGGGUGUAUUUUGCCACUAACUUUUAAUGCAGUGUAUUUGUAUUUUAUAGAAAACUCUCCUGUAGGUCUUGUCUACACUCCAAAGUACUCUGUGAUAUGAACAGCAAGUGACUGCAAGAUUCCAGUCACUGUCUGAUCUCAAUUUAAAUGUUGUCAGCCUUGCACAUGUGUGGAGUGUAUAGGAACACUAUAGUCUCCCAGACCACUUAAUCCCAAUGAUGAAGUCUGGGUGCAGUGGACUUUCAGUUUUAACCCUGCUUAGUGAUACAAUGCAGUUGUUUUAGAACCUGCAAUAAUAACAUUGCAGAGGCGUGUUUGGGCAUGCGUGACUAGUACCAAUUGAAGGAUAUAGCGGUAAUGUCAGCUUGGAUGCUGAUAUUACCAAAGAAGGACCUGGAGGCUGCAACCAAGGAUUCCCAGCACUGGAAAAGAGGUGAGUAACUUUUAUUAACCUUUUAUUUAUUUUUUUUUCCCCUUUUUUCUUUUUAUCAACAAAGGGCAAUGAACAUUAGGAAACCUAUAGUCCCAAAGUAACAAUUGUUAUUUUAACCCCUUAAGGACGGCGAGCGUGCUAUGCCAUCCUUUGGGACCCGGCUCUAAACACUGGCGGGUGGCAUAACACGUCCACGCUGUCCUAUAUACUUACCCGCUCCCCGGCAAUUGCAAUGGGGAGGACUUACCUGCCAUCCCAGCGAGUCCCCCUGCUGCUGUUCCGGAUGUCCUGGGCCAUGUGAUCGCGAGAUCCUUGCGAGGACCUCACGAUCAAAUGGAUGGAAUAGCCGUCCACAGCAGUGCCUGGAAUGAUCGGUAGUCCCCCUGCUGCCUGAAAAAAGUAAAAAAAAUAAAAUUAAAAAAAAUUAAAAGGUUUUAAAACUGUUUGUAAUUCAAUAAUAUAUACUUAGAUUGUGUGUAUGUGUGUGUGUGUGUGUGUGUGUGUGUGUAUGUGUGUGUGUAUAUAUAUAUAUAUUGUGUGUGUGUGUGUGUGUGUAUAUGUAUGUAUGUGUAUAUAUAUAUAUAUAUAUAUAUAUAUAUAUAUAUAUAUAUGUAUAUGUAUGUAUGUGUAUAUAUAUAUAUAUAUAUAUAUAUGUAUAUGUAUGUAUGUGUAUAUAUAUAUAUAUAUAUAUAUGUGUGUGUGUGUGUGUGUGUGUAUGUAUAUAUAUAUAUAUAUAUAUAUAUAUAUAUAUAUAUAUAUAUAUAUAUAUAUAAGUGAAAAUACCGGCACUCAAGGUUUUCCAGAAGAUAACUUCUCCAUUUAUUGCGGAAGAAAAAUUCGACGUUUCAGCUCCACUGGGGAGCUGAAACGUCGAAUUUUUCUUCCGCAAUAAAUGGAGAAGUUAUCUUCUGGAAAACCUUGAGUGCCGGUAUUUUCACUUUGUUUAUGAUUAAGCCACCAGAGCACCAGGUACUAUUUUUAUUUCUCUAGUUGGAGUGCAGGUGUAUUUUGUAUUUUUUUUUAUAUAUAUAUAUAUAUGUAUAUUAGAAAAUAAAGGGAGCAUUCUAUGAAUUCUUUUCAGUGGAAAAAAUAUAUUUUACUGUAUCAUCAAGUAAUUCAUAUUCUGUGCAGAGUAUAAAAAAAUCGACGUUUCGACCCUCAUGGGGUCUUUAUCAAGAUCACAGUGUAACAUUAUUACCAUAGGCAAUACUAAUAAGUGAAAUAGAGCUUACCAAUAGGUGAUCAAACAGCCGGCGGGCCGAAGAACCCGGAAGUGAGGAAAACCACGUGGGAACGUGCAUGUGACGUGAGUAGCCAUGCAUGUGACCGGGUUGCUAAGUAACCUCCAAAACAAUCCAUCUACUCCAAUAGUGUGACCAAACUGCAGCCGGGCUAAGAAACCCGGAAGUGGAAGACCCACGUGAAGACCUACGUAGACAUGCAUGUGACCGGGUUGCUAGGCAGCCAUACAAACAAUGCCUAUACUCCAGUUAUAGAUAGGAACGGAGUAUAUGGCUAGAUAUGGAGGAAGAAAUAGUAGUUAUAUAUCCCAGAAAGAGAACGGUCUGUUAAGUGAGCCAAAUGUGCAUUUAGUGCACAACAUAUAUGAAAAAAUAAAGUUAAAGCAGAUCAAAAAACAACCGGGAUACAGUAAGCUAGGUUACACAUAAAACUAUAUUCUAUAGAGUACUCUCUAUUCACACACAACUGAGUCAGAUCUAUGACUCUAUAUUAUAAUCUUUCUUGUUUAAAGAGGAAGCAUCAUAUUAUUAAUUGCUAUUACUGACUAGUGUAAAGAUCAGUGAACCAUAUUUCAAGAGUCAAUAUACAUAUUACUAAGCAUAAUGCUCAUAUGAAUUAGACAAAUUUUGCACAUUCAUCCUAAAGUUAAUAUUACAUUAAUCCAAACCUACAUCUGUAUAUCAAUUUAUAAUAGAUUAGGGAACAUACCACAGAGACUAUCUAACAACUUAAUCAUAUCCAUACUCUCAUAUAGCUGAUCUAGUUAAGAGAUAAAAGCGAAAUCAAGGAACUAUCAAAAACUAACUUUACAGAAACAUCGAGAGGUCCAGGUUUUCAUUAAGUCCUUUCAGAGUCACUGUAUUUAAAUGAUGAAUCCAAUAAGCUUCACGUUGAAGUAGUAGCUUCGAUCUGUCUCCUCCUCGGGGUGGAACCGGGACAUGGUCAAUGGCUAUGAAGCGAAGAGUAGGUAGAUGAUGUUGCACUAUUAAAAAGUGCUUAGCCACUGGCUUAUCAGUUCUUUGAUCUCUAAAGGCUGUUGGAAUCCCUGAGCGCUGUCCCCUAAUCCGAUCUCUUAAAGUCAUGUCGGUCUUCCCGACAUAAGAUAAUCCACAGGGACAUGUAAUCAUGUAUACCACAUGUGUAGUCAUACAUGAGAUGUAAUGAUUGAUAGGAAUUAUCUUCCCAUUGUGUGGAUGGACAAAUGUCGCUCCGGUCAGCAUAUGGCUGCAAGUAACGCAGCCACUGCAUCUAUAACAGCCCUUUUUUUUUAUUUUGGGUGUCUUUGCAUAGCACUGUCGGGUCAUUCUUCACCAGUAGAUCCCUCAGAUUACGAUUCCGUCUGUAACUAAUGAUAGGAUUAGUUUUAAACCUCGCGGGAAGAUUCUGGUCUACCUGGAACAUGUUCCAAUGUUUGUAUAUACAUUUUCUUAAAAAUGGAGUUGCAGUAUUAAACGUGAGUGGAAGGAAAAUAUUAUUCUUUACAUUAGGACUCGUAGUCCUGGUUUGAUUGAAUUUGUUCCAAGCUUUCUCUCUAGCCAUUUCAAGAGUCCGGGGGUGGAAACGUCUCGCAAGAAAACGAUCCCACACUUCUUGAAGUUGUUGCUCACGGUUGUCAGAAUUGCUGUUAUAUCUCAUAAUUCGAAGAAAUUGUGAAAUAGGUAGUGAAUCUUUCACGUGUUGAGGAUGGAAGCUGGUUGCAGCAAGCAGAGUAUUCCGAUCUGUGGUUUUUCUAAAUAGAGUAAAACCUAGUUGGUUUUCAUUUCUAUAUAUCUUGACAUCAAGGAAUUCAAUACUAUGCUUAUUCCAAUUGAGUGUUAGCAUUACUAGAAUUGGUAAGUUGUUAAUCAAUUGAACCAUAUUUUCAAGAUUUGUUAUGGUACCUUCCCAUAUUAUGAAGAUGUCGUCCACAAAUCUAAGGUAUUUUAUUAUGUGUGGUUGAUAUUCCUGAAGGAUAUAUUUUUCCUCAAACCAAUACAUGAACCCAUUGGCAUAAGCAGGUGCCAUGCCUGCCCCCAUGGCAGUCCCGGAGAUUUGCAAAUAGAAGGUAUCCUCAAACUUAAAAUAGUUGCAAGUUAACGCAAUAUCCAACCAUUCCAUAAGAUAUGGAAUGUGGGGACCAUUGUACAUAUCAUCAUUGGACAAGAUCUUGGCUAUGGCUUCAAUGCCUUCUGUUUUAGGUAUUAUUGUAUACAGGCUCUGGACAUCCAUAGUAGUCAAAAUAAUUUCUUUAUCUGUGAGAUCAAUAUCUUGUAAUUGUCUGAUAAAAUGUUGUGUGUCAUUCAAACACGUCGGAAGUUUUCUUACACUGCUAUUGAUAUGGUGGUCAAUAAAUUGAGCAAUUGGCUCAAUUAGUCCCCCUUUGGCGGAUACAAUUGGCCGUCCUGGUGGCCGCUCCAAAUCCUUGUGUAUUUUCGGUAUCGUAUACAUAACCGGAUGUUUCGGAUGUUUAACAAACAAAAAUUUGGCAGUAUUUUCAUCAAGGUAACGAUGUGAUAAUCCUUCAUCAAUAAGUUUUUCAAUUUUCUUUUGGAAUUUUGCCACAGGGUCAAAGGUGAGUUUUAAAUAUGUAGAGGUAUCGUGUAGUUGUCGCAUGAUUUCAUUCCUGUAGUCAUCAUGUUUGAAUUACGAUGGCACCGCCUUUAUCAGCCGGCCGAAUUAUAUUAGGAUCUUGGAUUAGAUCCUUAAGUGCUGCAUGUUCAUCUUUGGAAAGAUUAUCUCUGUGAUAAGGUGGUGUUGUCACAAUCGGGCUUAUCUCAUGCCGUAGAAUUUGCAUGAAGGUCUUAAUUGAAGGAUUAGGUGUAUAAAUAUCCUUUUUAUUCCGAUUAGGGAAGAUAUAUGUAUUGGUGGAACUCUCAUCUUUUCUUACUUCAUUGCUGUAUAACGUUCUUUGGAGUUUAUAAAGAUCAAUGGCCAUGUCAAAUUUCUUAGGUUUAGCUACAGGAAUAAACGUAAGUCCUUUUUGUAGAAGAGAAAUAUGGUUCUGAUCCAAGACCUUAUUUGAAAGAUUGAAUAUGGAUGUUAUCUCCGUUGUCUGGGAGGUUUUCCCAUAGCUCCUAUAUUUCUUGUGACCCUUUUGUCCCCGUCUAAGGCGUCUCUGGUGUCUCUUCGGUUUUGCUCGUUGGUAUUGAUCAAUCGUGGUGGGUCGUUUAGGUGUCCUCCAUCCUUUAAAAAAGGAACCUGAUUUUCUGUUUGGGAAUCCGUCCUCUUUUCUCCAUCUGAGGCCGAUUCACCUGAACUAAUAUCUACUGUUUGUAGAGCAGGCUUCCUUAUAUGUUUUCUAAAUCUAGGAGCAAGGUUACGUGUGUUAGAGUCUGAUCCACUUAGCCAGCGGUAAACCUGGUGAAAUUUGUAGUCGUGAUUUACCUUUUCAACCUUAACUUUUUUGAAGCGGAUAAGUUCAUUCUGAUAUUUCUGUAUAUCAUCUUGAUGUUUAAGCAUAAAUUCAGUAGAUGACGUCGCUUGCAAAGCAGUAACAUGGGUCAAUUCAAACUCCUGUAUUGAUUUUUUUAACUUGCAGUAAUUCUGUCCCAACUUCUUCUAUCACUAUCACCAUCCAGUCAAGAGAACAUUUGUUUGAGAUGUUCAUCCAUUUCUUACAAAAAAAUAGGAUUCUGUCUUCCUAUGGUUGGGGCAUUUUUUUUAUCCAAAAACCUCUUGGAAUUCGUUUAGAUCUAUAGUAGUCGGACAGAAAAACACUGUGCAAAUCCAAAUCCACCUCUCUUUUUUUCAAUCUAGAUAGAUCAUUGUAUAAAUCUUUUGCUGUAUGUAUAUGAGGUAAAUCUUGUGAGCUACGCGGCCAUAAUACUGAUAAUGCUUGUUCCUCUGAAAUAGAGAGUGUUUCUGCUGUUUCCGCUAAUGCUCCAGCUUGAUUGAGAAAAUCCUCCAUAAUAAAUGGAUCCUGAUUAUGCUGUAGAUCACUGUUUAGGCGAUAAGCAAAUUUAUUGUGUUGGGGGUGCUCGUGCAAGUGCAAGUUCCACGCUAGCACUUUAUAAAUAUGUAGAAAAAUAGAUAAGCAAGGCACUCCUCCUUUACCUUAUUCAACAAAUCUCAACUGCCCAGGUGCAAUCCUGCCAUCCCAGCGAGUCCCCCUGCUGCUGUUCCAGAUGUCCUGGGCCAUGUGAUUGCGAGGUCCUUGCGAGGACCUCACGAUCACAUGGAUGGAAUAGCCGUCCACAGCAGUGCCUGGAAUGAUCGGUAGUCCCCCUGCUGCCUGAAAAAAGUAAAAAAAAAAAAAAUUUAAAAAAUUAAAAAGUUUUAAAACCAUUUGUAAUUCAAUAAUAUAUACUUAGAUUGCGUGUUUGUGUGUAUAUGUAUGUAUGUAUGUAUGUGUAUGUGUGUGUGUGUAUAUAUAUAUAUAUAUAUAUAUAUAUAUAUAUAUAUAUAUAUAUAUAUAUAUAUAUAUAUAUAUAUGUCCUGAUGAAAGCUCCCCAGUGGAGCUGAAACGUUGAAUUUUUCUUCCGCAAUAAAUGGAGAAGUUAUCUUCUGGAAAACCUUGAGUGCCGGUAUUUUCACUUUGUUUAUGAUUAAGCCAUCAGAGCACCAGGUACUAUUUUUAUUUCUCUAGUUGGAGUGCAGGGGUAUUUUGUGUGUGUGUGUAUUUUGUGUGUGUGUGUGUGUGUGUGUGUAUAUGUGUGUAUGUGUGUGUGUAUAUAUAUAUAUAUAUAUAUAUAUAUAUAUAUAUAUAUAUAUAUAUAUAUAUAUAUAUAUAUAUAUAUAUAUAUAUACACACACACACACACUAAGUGUAUUUUAAUAUAUAUAAUUAUAUAUAUAUUCUCAAAAUACAUAUAGAAUAAUAUUGAUUAAAUAUAUAUAUAUAUAUAUAUAUAUAUAUAUAUAUAAAUUAUAAUUAGGUGCACUCAUAGUUCUAGUUUCCAGUGUUUUUUAUUUCUUUGUGCAAAUUACAUUCCGACCAACGUUUCGACCCCUAAAGGGUCUUUUUCAAGAUCAAGACCUAUAGGGUCGGAAUUAUUUGAUUUUGCACAUGUAAUUUGCAUAAAGAAAUAAAAGAAACACUGGAAACUAGAACUAUGAGUGCACAUAUUACCUUUUUUGGAUUUAUAUGGAAACACUGAGAUUGCACCUAGACAAGAAUUUUUUCUAUUAUUUGGAUAAGGGUGAGUGCCAAGGUUACUUUCUUUAUAAUUAUAUACAAUAUAAAAUAAAUAUGUAAAUACGUUAAAAAACAAAUAAUUAAAAAAAUAUGUGGAAUUUCGUUGUUACUGUAUUUUAAUAUUAAUAUAUAUUGAUAUCAAAAUACACGUAGAACAAAUAAUAUAUAUAUCUAUAUACAUAAGUAUAUACGUAUAUAUAUAUAUUUUCUACAUAUAUAUUUAUUGAAUAAUUUUUACAUAAUUAGGUAAUUCUAUUAAUUACAAUUUGUGGAACCUGCCUGACAACCCAGGCUGAAAGUCCAGGGAAUUUAAUUUGCUAGCACUGUAUUUAACCCUGUAACUUUCCAAGACACCAUAAAACCUGUACAUGGGGGGUCAGUGUUUUACUCAGGAGACUUCGCUGAACACAAAUAUUAGUGUUUCAAAAUAGUAAAAUGUAUUACAACGUCAGUGAAAGUGAAGUUUUUUGCAUUUUUCACACACAAAUGGCACUUACACUGACGAUUUAUAUAUAAAACAUUUAUAUUUGUGUUCAGCGAAGUCUCCCGAGUAUAACAGUACCCCUCAUGUACAGGUUUUUUUUUUUUUUCAAAAGUAAGAGUCAAAUAUAAGGCUUGUGUUUCAGUUUUUUCACAUUAAAAUUUGCCAGAUUGGUUACGUGGCCUUUGAGAGCGUAUGGUAGCCCAGGAAUGAAAAUUACCCCCAUGAUGGCAUAACAUUUGCAAUAGUAGACAACCCAAUGUAUUGCAAAUGGGGUAUGCCCAGUCUUUUUUAGAAGCCACUUGGUCACAAACACUGGCCAAAAUUGGCGUUCAAAUUAGUUUUUUGCAUUUUUCACACACAAAUAUUAACGCUAACUUUGGCCAGUGUUUGUGACCAAAUGGCUACUAAUAAAGACUGGACAAUACCUUGUGUUGCCUACUUUUGCAAAUGUUAUGCCAUCAUAAUUCUCAUUCCUGGGUUACCAUACGGUCUCAAAGGCAACGUAACCAAUCUGGCGAAUUUCAAUGUGAAAAAACUGAAAAAUGUAACAUGCUAUAUUUGACCCUGUAACAUCCCAAAACACUAUAAAACCUGUACAUAGGGGGUACUGUCUUACACGUGAGACAUCACUGAAUACAAUUUUAUUGUAGUAAAAGCAAACUGUAUUAUGACGUUCACGGUUAAAAUGUCAUGUAGAACUAAAAAAAGUCUUAUUUUCUCCAUGAAACAUAUUAAAUUAUGUUUCAUAGCUAAAUAUUUGAUGUUAAAUGAAAGCCCUAUUUCCCCUGAAUAAAAUUAUAUAUAAUAAGUGUGGGUGCACAUAAUAUGAAAGAGGUGAAUUACGGUUGAACAGACAUUUAGUCAAACUCCAGGUUUUGUUUUGAUCACAACUUGUACAUUUGGCUCAGUCCUGAAGGGGUUAAGAACUAUAGGUUCCCCUUAAGUCACAUGUCACAACUGAAAGGACAUUCUUGCACCCACCAUUAUCAGAAUUGUUGGAAAACAAAGGGAGGAUUACUUUUUGAGAAAAAUAAAUACUUGGCACUAAUAAUAAUAAAACAUUUUGUCCCUUUUAAAAGAUUGCUGGCAACUUUUUUUUUUUUUUUUUUAAUGGGGGACCCAAGGGUUAUAUAGUGUCAGGAAAACAAGUUUGUUUUCCUGACACUAUAGUGAUCCUUUAAUUUUUAUUUCUCCUACGUAUAUGAUAUACUGAUUUCUUCCAGUUUGGACCCACAAGCAUGUCAAUUUUGGGUCAUAGUCCAGUGUUUCAGAACUAGUUUUUUUAAUAUGACCAUGCAGUAUAUUAACAUACUAUAUUUUCACCGGUUGUUAGAAGGAAAAAUUAAAAGACAAAUGUUACGUGGCUUAUAGGCUUGGAGAUGCAUAAUGAUUUAUAGCUAACUGAUCAAGUGUUUUUUUUAUUAUUUAUUUAUUUUUGGCCCACCCUUUCAUAGCUAGAUUAUGAUUUUACUUUUAAAUCAAAAUUUUCAUUUCGUUAUUGAAAAAACAUGGAAGAGAAAAGGUCAACAAGGUAUCAUGAGACUUGCAGGUCUCUGCUGUAUUAUAGAGCGUUCGGUCUCGCAGGACCAAUCCGUGGCUUCAAACAUCGAAUAAAGAUACAUUUAAUGCAGAUGGAAAGCAUGUGUGACCCGCAAGUCCCAUCAUGGGUUUUCUAUUGUGAAUCAAUGUGUUCAUACAUUUUAGCAACAGGAAAGAAAAAGGUACUAAGGUAAUCAGAAAUAUAUGGAGGCAUUCAGAUCUCCCUAGGGCCCUCUCAUUAGGGGGCCAUAUUGGUCACAGUGCAUAUUACCAUCCUUGUAAAAGAUUAUGAUUUUACAUGGAAAUUACAAACAAAAAGUUGAAUUUUAGGAUUUUGUAUAAAGCAGGACUUGACAAAUUUGCUUGGAUUCUAGGAGCCAGACAAAAAAAUUUGGAGCCAGGUUUUUCAAUGUCAAAAAUACAAUUCUUAAAGGGACACCAUAUAGUCACCAGAACCACUACAGCUUAAUGUAGUUGUUCUCGUGUCUAUAACCUGUCCCUGCACACUUUUUUUUUUUUUCAAUGUAAACCCUGCCUUUUUAGAGAAAAGGCAGUAUUUACAUUGCUGCCUAGUAACACUACUAGUGACAGUCACUCAGAUGGCAUCUAGAGUGCAUCCUGGGUCAGUGCUGCACAGUAUGCAGCAUCUACGUUUAGCGUCUCCAUGCUCUGCAUGGAGGCGCUGAAUGUUCCCCAUAGAGUUGCAUUGAUUCAUUGCAUCUCUGAGGAGAUGCUGAUUGGCGUGGCAGUCAUGGAGGCAGGGCCAGCUGUGGCAAGACCAGCCCAGCGCUGGGGGGGAAUAAAAACGCCUUUCCCAUGUGAUUGGAGGGGGACCAGUCCCAAACACAUGCACUCACUGACGCAUGCACGCACUCACUGACAGACACACGCACACACAGACACUCACUGAGAGACACUGUCGUUGCAAUAAUCACACACCUUAAUGUGAUCACCCAGCUUCCCUACCUUUGGGAGAGCUGGAGUGGUUCGGCUUUCCCUGUGGUCCAAUGGGGCUUCAAUCAUCUCCUUGCUCUGCUCCAUAGAGCGCUGAUUAGUGAUGCCGGGGCCGGAAUGAUGUCAUAUUCCGGCAUCACUGGUGGAUGCCCGAGGGAGCAGAGCAGGGAGGUUACACCUCUCUCGUGCUCAUGCCUGUAUGCCUCAAUCCUCCAGGAGCCUCCCACUCAUGUGCACGCCCACGCUCUCCCUCUGCUGGCUGGCCUACCGACCGCACGCCCAUGCUCAUUAUGAGCCGGCUGCCCUCCCGCCUCCACUAAUAGGCAGCCGACCACCUCAGGGGCUGAAUAGCCCUACAAAUCCCAGGUGCCAGGACGAAAAUCCUUGUCGCCAUGGAGACCUGGCACCUUGGAUUUGUUGAGCCCUGGUAUAAAGUACAGUGAUGCUUUAGGAUUACAGAAUAUAACAUUGUUUUUUAUGGAAAUAUUAUGUGUACGGACAGCUGAAGUAAUGCUAUGUAAAAUCAGUGGAUUAGUGUUUGCCAGACAAAUGAAGUUAAAUGUUUGGGAUAGAACAGAGUUGGACUAAAUUAAGUUGUUAUGGUGCCAGAGGCAGAGGUGCCCUCUUUUCUUAAGGGGUUGAACUGUUCUCAAAUGGUUUAACUCAAAAGGUUGUCUCCAGCACUGGAUCUUCAGGUCACCAAGGCUAAAUCCUUUUAUUUGUUUGUUUGUUUUUUAUGAAUGGAGAGUUGUUAUUGUGUCUGGAGUGUUCCUUUAACUCAGUGAACCGCUUUAGAUUGCCAAAUAGUUUAAGGAGUAAGAGUGAAAAGCUUUAUAAUAAUGUUCUGCCUACUGUAUUUAAAUGUCUGUAGAUGUAUAGUCAAGCUAAUUUAAUAAGAUAAAGCUACUUUUUUUUUCUUUUUAAGGAUGCAGUUUGUUCCAUAUUAUUUGAAGCCGCUGAAAUGUUACGUUGCCAGUGCUCAUAAUUAUACACUGAUCAGACUUUUUGUCUUAUUAAAAUUAGCACCACUUGUAUCCAGAGUACUCCAUUAAAGCGUUACCUAAAGUAUCAUAACAACUACAUCUGUAUAAAAAUCUAACAUUGGUAUAAAAUGGGCCACCCCACCAACAUUGAAAUAUUAACUGUGGGCAGCCAAUCCCACCAACUGCAUGUGGUCCUAAUAGGAUUAUGUAAAAGUUACUGGUAGUGUCAUCAAAUCAUUUAAUACGUUCAUUGUAGAUUCCAGUAAAUGGAAGAGAAUGCAUUUUAAUCAGUGAGUUUGAGCAUGAAACCUGGCUGAGAGCCUAAUGCUAUUCAUACUUUGUAUCCAUUGUGCCACAUCUUCUUGAAACAUGUUUUAUUUCUAUUUAUGCUAUGGAAUGUUUUUGCAAAGUACAAAUAAAGCAUAUAUUUGAUCCUUGAAGAGGAUUUCUGUGCCUUUUAAAUGGAGGAUAAUCACGGACGUGGUCAUGUGGCUUACAGUAACCCUUUAGGCUAAACAUAGAAACGUAGAAUGUGAGGGCAGAUAAGAACCAUUCGGCCCAUCUAGUCUGCCCAAUUUUCUAAAUACUUUCAUUAGUCCAUAAAGUUGUUUUGGUGCUUACACCAUCCCUUUAAUGUUCAUUAUUACCUCUAGUCUUACUAUUGUCCUGUACACCCUAUUUCCCUGGUGGUGACCAAAUAACUGAAAAAUGAAAGGGAAGAAAUUAGUAUUUCAAUCUGCUACAUUUGCCAGAUGGAUGCAAGCUUUCUACCCUCAUACCGUUUAUAACUGCAUCCUAUACCUCACUACAUGACCGUUUUAAAUUGAUGGAAAAAUUAAGUUCUUUCCUAUUUUGUAUUUUAAUAGACAUUCAUGCUAGCUUUGGUCAUGACCUUAAUUUACCUUGAAAAUGCUAAGCAAUCUAUAUUUAAGUUUGAGAAAUUUGAUCUCCUGUUGAGUGUCUCUGAUUAAUUGCCUUAUUUUGACGAAUAAUGAACAUACAUUCAUUUGCAAAGGUCUGCCCUUCUGCUAUUUAAAUUUGGAAUGACUUUAGAUGUGGCGGGUUCAAGGAAGCAUUUGUUACACUACUUAGCUGAAGAAAUGGUAAUUAUAACAAUUGGGGGAAGACCAACAAAAUUAUCUGUCUGUCCAUAUCUGGGACUCUCCAUUUAACCAGCAUGCUUUUAUCAAAGAGAAAGCUACUUGGAAGCAGCUUGUCUCGUUUGUGGGGCUCCUCAUACAUAAAAAUAUCUUAAAAAACUGUCUAAGUGGCUCAAAAAAAAGGGCAAUUAUUAGCUAGCACCCCCUGCAGUUUCCUCCCAACAGGUUUAGUGCUCAGUAUGUUAAAAACAUUCCUAGAUUGCUAAAUUGGAAUCCAUUGACGACUUCUCCUGAACUACAUGCACGUGCCAGAACUGUAACUAAGCUAUAAUUCUUAAAUUACAUGUUUAUAUCUUAUUUUAUUUUUUUACAGAAAUGGAAUCUAUUUUGAAUUUGCAAAAACAAGGUAAGCCAUGUUAUAUUUCUGUAUGUGUUUUCCUUAUCUUUCUUGUGGUAUUUAAUCACAGCCUUGCCAUGAUUCCAUUUUGUCUCCGUUGCGACUUAUAAAUAAUGAAGUAUGGAGCCAUAUUUGGCUCAACAAGGAAUGCACUGUAUGAGUGCAUAAGCAACUGGUGGGCCACUCCAAUCCUGGCAGUAGAACGGGAACUUCAGCAUGUUGCUCAGCCUGGUUGAGAGAUCUGAAUGUUAAUUUGUUGACCUUGCUACUUAUCUUUUGCUGAGGAACGCAAACAGUCGAACAUCAUAUUAUAUUAAAAAGGAAGGGGAUCAUGCCCUGUAAGGUAAUUUAGGGCUAGUUUACAUUGUUGAUCAGUUUUUCUGACAAGGCACCGGUUGUUAAAAUUGGCAUUGGUAAUGUUUCCGAUUCUGCAAAAUCUUACCAAUUUCAACUGGUAAUAUCAAGCUGAGAACAUUUUUUAACGUCUCCUAUAGAGCAGAAUAGGAGACAGCAUGGAUUUUGUAGCAACUCGUUUCCAUGCUAAAUUGUACUAUCUACCACAUCUCGCCAAAAUUAGAACCUGCCUUCGUUAAAAGGAAACAAAAAGUUAUAGUAACUGCAGCAAACUCUCAGUACAUCGUUCCAUUCGCCAAUAGGCGGAUGCUAGAUGCACUAGGCUGCAAAACAUGAGUCGAAGCUGGGAAACUAAUCAGUCGUUUUUGGCUUCAAAUAUCUACCGCGUAUUAAUAACAACCUACGGAUGAUUUUUGAUAACAAAUUGGAAAAACGCCCUGGGUUUCUGCAGCGUGAGCAUUUAGCUUUUGAACUUUGAGCUCCUGAAAUACAACUAUAUUUGUCCUAAUUAGAAUUUACUUAUUUCAGACUAUGUCAAAAUGUCCUUGUUAUUGUGAAGUCAACUCACUGUUCUGUGAAAAAACAUAUCAUGAGUUUAUUUUAGUAAGCAGGAACUGUGAAGUAUUGACUAAGGAAUUACAAAUUUUAGUUCUAGCAGGAGCUCGGCGAUAUUUUUUUGUAACUUUUUUUUUUAGUGUAAAAUAAGAAAAUGUAUUGUGUAAUCUCCUCAAUUUCCAGUUUACUGAAUAACCCAGUUCAUCUGUUUGUCUUUAAAGUGACACAACAGCCAAGUAAGAUUUUUAGGUAUUUGUACAGUUUCUAUUCCUACAGUCUGUGCAUGGAAAACCUAACCGAAAAUGAUCACAGAGGUUGUAGCUUAUCAAAUCAAUAUUGUAUGUAAUAACUUAGAACAUGUUUUCACGCAGAAUAAUUCUGUAAGGGACACUAAGCUCAAAACCAGUGUAGCUUAAUGUAGUUGUUUUGAUUCAAAGCAACCUUUGCUACAGUUGCAGCAAUGCACACAUUGUUUAUUUUGAGAAAAGGCAAUGUUUUACAUUGCUUCCUAAGGUCUUCACUAGUGGCUGAGGAAUCCACACUGCCAUUUAGACAGCCACAAGAUGGACUCCCUGAUGUGGACCUUCAAGAACCAAUGUUCGGGUUCUUCACGCUCUGCGUGAAGAUGCCGAAUUAUCCCCAUAGAGAUGCAUUGAGCCAAUGCAUUUCUAUGAGUGGAUGCUGAUUGGUGCAGUGAUUGCUGUGCAUGCCCACUAGUCCCCCAAUCCCUCCUUAUGUGGAAGUAUUGCAUUUGCUGAGGUCAUCUGUAAUGAUGAUCUCAGCCAGGGGAGGAGUGGCCACGACAGUGAGUCCAUCAGGGGAAGAAAGGUAGAGUAAAUCUGUUUGUUACUUCCGGAGGUCCCAAUAAUCUUACUAGCUUGUAUAACACUCUGUCUGGAAUACAUGUUCGUAUUCCUAACGUUAAAGUGUUCCUUAAGGGUUAACAUCAAUAUGUUAGACACUUUUUGAUUUUCCUUAAGUGGCUUUAAGUAUGUGUUUUACUAAAACUUUUUUUUUUUUCCUCUUCAGAUCCCAAUAGGAUAAUCACUUAUAAUGAAGCCAUGGACCGUCCCGAUCACUGAGAAUACUAACAGAGGACUACUGGCUUUCCUUUUCCUAUGUCACUUCAUAUGUGCAUGAGAGACAUUACCUGGAUAAUCAUGCCUUUGCAAUUCUUCAGUGUAACAGUGGGGGAAAAAAAACGUAAAAUAGAAUCAUUGGAUAUAAUUAUAUAAAUAUAUAUAUAUAUACAUACAAAUAUAUAUAUAUAUAUUUUUUGUUUAGAUAACUAUGUAUAGAAAAGUAUCUCUCUAUAUAAAUAUAUAUAUAUAUAGUUAUUUAAACAAAUUUUGAAAAAAAAAUACAAUAUUAAGACACUUUUGAUCAAAUCAGGAAGAAAAUAACCUACUUUCCACAGGGGAUAAGAAGACCAUUAUUUAAUCACUGGUACUUUUUUAUUUUAUUUUUUUGUUUAGGUUUGAUUUUCCUUUUUCCUUUCCGUUCCCCCCCCCCCCUCUGUUUUGGGUUGGAUGAGCUGCAUAGGGGAUGAAAGUGAAUUGACCAAUAGCAUGAUAUGGAUACUUCUCCUGACAUACCUGGCUUGGGAAAGGUUUGCACUGGAGUACAGGAAGAAGUAAAAAUGCUUGCCUAAUUAUUUGCCAACAUGAGAGGAUACAAAGGAUUCUAUGUGGAAAGUGUACUCCGUCUUAUCCCUUACCUUGUAUGUAUCAAUGUCAGUGCUUAUGUGUCCUUGCAAAAAAAAGAAAAAAACAAGCCAGAAAACUGUGGACACAUUUCUAGAAUCACAUUAACACAGUUUGUAUUUUUGUAGUGUGGUGUUUUUUUUUCCCCUCCUUCUUAACCUGUCCUGUUUUCCAGCUUGGAUAUAGAAUGGAACAGAAAAUGCUCCCAAGGACAAAUGCAGUGGGAGGAGAAGGGGGAGGGGGGAGGGGGGGUUUGGAAAUACAAAAUGCAAGCUAUUUUAAUUGGGGGGGAGUGAAUCUGUUUGUUUUGGAAUAUUGGAUUUUAUGGUUUCCUCUCCCACGUCUGAAAUAUUUGGACAAAACAGGUUUUCUUAUGUUUUAUAGUUACAAGAGUUUCACUAACCCCCUUCGUUCCCCAUCCAGUGACAAGGCAAAAAUAAAUAAAAUGCUUUAAAAAAAUAAAUAAAUAAAAGAAAAGCAACAAAAAAAAAAAAGAUAUAGAAAAACGCAAAAGAAAGUAAUCUAUUUAGGCAUUUAAUAUAUUUAAAAGUUAACUUUUUUUGAGGAAAAAAAUAAAAGAAUUACAGGUUUGUUCCUUUAGUUAGAUGCUUUAAGAAAGGGGAACAAAUUAAACGGAUCUGCACAGGACUUUGACUGCUUUAUCAUGCCGUCUGUUGCUAAUACUGAACGUCAAUUUGUUUUAAUUUUUUUUUCUUUAAUUUAAAAAAAAAAAAAAAAAAAAAUUUUUUUUUUUCAUUUUCUGCUUAAACCCUUCCUGUGCUGGAUGAGAUAUCAACUAACUACAGAUCAACGUCCUGUUCUAAACCUACUUGAUUAUCACAGAGGUCUCUACAAGACGUUUCUUUGAUGUACUCUACUGUUUGUCAAUAUGAGUUCUAAGCCUUUUUUGUUAUCAUUUGGCAGUGCCUCCUGUAUGGGGGACAAUACUGGAAGCAGAAGUUUAGCAAUAAAAGGUAUUGACCUUUUCUAUUAGUCAACCCUGCAAUGCAUUGAUUAUUAGGUGAGUUGCAACAUUAUAUUAACAGGGUUGGAGAUUCUAUUGUAUGUCUACUAUCUGUACCCUUCAUGAUCUCCAGCUUGCUCUGUUGAGUGAACAAUGCCCAUGUAUCUACAACGGAGUUCCUUUUUGCCCUAAGCAUUCAUACAGAGUAUCCAUUAAUUGUACAAUGUGAGACUUCUACCCCUGCACGAGUGCCUGGUCAAGUGCGACUGGAAAAAAAUAAAUAAAAAUAAAAAGUUUAUUGAAUGGUGCUAUAUAUAUAUAUAUAUAUGUGUGUGUGUGUGUGUAUAUAUAUAUAUAUAUAUGUAUAUAUAUAUAUGGAACAUAUAUCAUUGAUGUCAUGUUGAGUUCCCCUCCAGCAAAUGAAGGCGUUAAUCUAUUGGUUGCAGGAAGUACCCGUUAUUGCCUACCUGCCCUAGAGAUGUUAAAUUCAAUUAACCUAUUUUGCUGCUAUUAAGUCCAGCAAUGCAUUGCAGUGAGUUGCGGAACCCUGUAUCAGUGAGUGAUUUAUAUGCCUUUUUCAUGUGUAAAAGGCUGCAAGGCCUAUAAUAUGUAUAGAAAAGGUUCUGAACGAACCCUUCGGGAAGAAAAAAAUGCAUAUCCUGAAAAAAUAUGGCUCGCGAUAACUAAUUUAACACAGGGAAGAUGCAUCACAUUGUGUAAUUUUCAAAAUAUCAACACGUGUUUGACAGUACUGUAUCUGGUUUCCUUUCUCUCUCUCCUUGAUUCUUUUUUUUUUUUUUUUCUUAUUUUCCUUAUGCAACAGGCUAUGAAAAUCACAUGUGAUUAACAUACACGGUAUUUUCCAGCAAUGGCUCAAUUUAGACAUCCAGGUGCUGUGAACUGUGGCUUCCAUUAUGGUAUUUUAGCAACAUGGGCCAUGUAGUCCUCAGCAGCUGGGUACCAAAGAGGAGCCGUUAUUGGUAUAGUGUAAGUACAGAUCAAUGCGUCUAGUAUUUUUUAAUUGCUGGAAAAUUGAUAACCCUUUGAACCAGUGGACCCCGUGCUCAGUGUGCCUAGAGGGGUAUCCGCUACACUCAAUGACGAGACCCUCAGAAGUUUAAAACGAUCGUCCAGGGUUGCUGUUCUCUGAACUUUUGUCUGUUCUUGGAAUUUUCAUAUUCUUUGUUUUUGCUUCAGUGCAUUUGCAUAGGGUCUCCAUUCGAACCAGCUAUUCACAAACCUUAUGAUUGAUGUAUCCUCCCAUUCCAUGCAAUGUGCCCUUUUUAAAUGCAAUAGAUACAUGUAGUUUCUUUUUUUUUUUCUCCUAGUUUUUAGCUUGCUAAUGCCCUAAACCAGGUGUAGGCAAUCUUCAGCAGCUCAGUUAUUGUGAACUACAUCUCCCAUAAUGCUCUUACAGCCACAAUGCUGGCAAAGCAUCAGACGAAACGUGUAGUCCACAUCUGGAGUGCCAAAAGUUGGCUGCCCUAAAGACUAGAUCACAAACACUUUGUGUGGAUUGUGACCUGUGUCAAAAUUUCAGCCUGUUUGUAAUAGGCUCUAGCCCGUUCUCUGAAAAGGCUGUACAGCACUAUUGUACUACACUGAACUAUGGACACUAGUUGUAAAUUAACACUCCAGGCACCAAAAUCACUACGGCAUGCUAUAGUGGUUAUGGAAGCAGGAAUGUCUGGCAAGUAAAAAAAAAAAAUGUAAGUAAAAAAGUUUAGUAACUGUUUGACGUCUUACCUUGGGUCUUCCGUUCCCCACCUCCUCUUAGCAGGAAGUGAGAGGCAGAACCCUCUGCUAGGAGCUUCUAUUAGGUCUCAUGUGCUAUGUCCUGCAGUGCGGGGCCAACUCAUGUCAGUUGAUCACUAUAAACCAAUGAGAUAAGCCCUGCAUUUCGCAGUGCCCAGUGGCAGACCCAAGGGAAUUUGCUAGAAAUGCAAUUUGCUAAAAAUCGGUUUGACUUCUAACAUUAAGGUGCACCAGGGCAUUCUUAGUGGUUAUUGUGCUUGGAGUGUUUUGUGUUGAAUAUCUUAACUUGAUAAUAUGAAGUGUUAGAGCCCCUUUCUCCCAAUGGCAAUCACUAUUCUUAUUGUGACUUAUAGUAAAUGCUAUGGUCAAUAGAGAUUUGCGAAUGGAGCUGCAGUGACGUUGCAAACAUUCCUUUUUGUCUAAAAGAGGGCCUUAUAGCAGCCACUUUCUCCAGCCGAAUGACGUCAUGUUGUUGUUCACACAUGUCCAUUAACGUCUUUGAUUACUGGGGUUAGAGACUUACAAGCUUAUUUGGUUUUCCACGUUUCAUGAUGCUUUGUUUCUAAUCUGUCAUUUUUUCAUGAUUUGUCUCCAGACACGUUUUUAAUUUCUUUUCUCUUUGGUUAAUUGUUUUUUUUUUUUUUCUAUUUUUCUCUCGAUUUUAAUUAAAAAAAUUUUUUUUUAAAUCUUUAAAUUCCCAUGCCAUAUAACAUCUUUAAAGUUUAUGAUUUCUGGCUUCUGGAAAUUAUUUAUUUCUUGUGCUGUCAUUUAAAAAAAAUAAAAAAAAUAAAGCAACCUUAUUUCAAAA